UUUAAUUCAAUUUAUUUUGUUUAACCCGAAUUGGCCACCUUAAAAAAAUAAAAAUAAAUAAAAAGACGUAGUAUUUCUGAGAGUUGAUCUGGACAUUAUGCAGUAGGUUAUAACUAAUGUAGGCUGAUUAAAGUAUGACCCAACAGUUAGGUUUCCUUGCAGGUCUGUCUGUUCUUUUCUGUGCCACACAAUUAUACACGCGCACGCACCCACACCUCAAACACACCUCCCUCCUCUGUCUCUGGGAUCCCAGGGUGGAAGACAUCAUCAGGCGGUCCAGGAGGUUGCUACAGCCGGUCGCGUCAUCCGUGGAUGGGCGGCGCGCUGACGAGGGUACGGGUGUUUUCCAGAUUUAAAAGCACCGGAGCCGGCCCCUCUGACAAACCGCGCUGCGUCAUCGACCUGGGGACACUCGAGAAAAAACCUCCAGAAGGCUGAGGAGAGUCAAACUCACCUCAACCAGACCUCUCCGCAGCUCUACCUGCGCCGGUCUCCAGAUUCACUCACACACGACUUUUUUCCCCCCUCUCCCUUUGCUCGCUGCUUCAGAACCGCUUCGCUUCUCUGCGAAUUAUGCUUUGAUCUCGCAGUGUCUGAAGUUAUCUUGACCUGUUAAUUCUAGAGCCGCUUUUUUUUAAACCACAGUCCAAGAGAAAGUUACACAUCGCUUGUUGAAUGCAGGAUACCUUCUGCCUCAGCGUCAAUCCCAAGUUAAGCUUUGGAGCAACAGCCGGUAAGGAGCGGUGUGUCACCUCUCUCAGCGCCGAUAUGAAGUCUGCAGAAGAAGGUAAAAAUGAUUAUUCUUAUUUUGUUUUAAUGUAUGAUGCAAUAUUUAUACAAGCGCUACGAUUUGCAUAUAUCGUUUUCUCAUUUGACCGACAGAUGUACUGACAGGUGCUGCUGCUCUGAAAGCGCUCAGGUUUUUUUAUUUAUUUAUUUUUUCCAACUCUGCACGAGCAGUUAGCUGAUUUUAAACUUAAAAAAAAAGAGAUGUUAGUUAGAAGUUAGUGUUUUGGAAACUACUUUAUAAAUGCAUUUACACGAACCCACUUGCAGAUAUCUUGCAGCAUGACACAAAUAUUACUGAGUAGCUAAUAUAUUAUUUUCAUCACUCAUGUGUUCUUAAAAAUUAAAGCUUUGACCCUGUAGGAAGACAAAUGUAAUCUUUUUUUAAUUGACAGUUACCAUUGACUGUGUGUCAAGCAUCUUUGACCUAAUAUUUGCUGUUCAUGAGGAUCAAAUUACCACGCAUCAAAGUAAACUGAGCGUUUUGCACCCAUUUUACAUCCACACCAAUAGGUGUCUCCAGCUGUCUUUGCUAGUGCAACCAAUCAUGUGCAAAUAAGGGUUUCAGUGUUGCUGUCACCUGCACUCUUCCUGUUAAGAGACUCCACCUCAAAAAGUCAUAGUUUUUCUCAUUAUGGUAAAUUCAAAUGAAGGGGAACUGUUCCUGAAAAUGUUGGGUCUUAAGAGGGGUCAAAGGGAGGAAACCAUCACCAGGUAUUGUGUGGCAUUCUGUGUCUUGUUUGGAGGGUGGAUCCUGAUUUCCACUGGAGGAAAGUUUUAAUUUUUUUAGCUUUUUGAUUCUGUAAAAAUUGAAACUGAUCUGUCUGAUGCCAUGCAUGGUAUAUCUAGUCUGAAUUCACUUAGUCCCCCUUGCUGACGUCAAACUUUUUGUGGAUUUUAUUUUGUCUUUGAGGUUUCAGAUGGACGGGUGCGGGCUAUUAUUAUUCAUUUCAGUCCCUCAGUCUUAAGCUGUCUAAUUGGUAGCAGACUUGUGUCUGUGUGUGUAUAAGUAAGAAAGUUGUGCAUUCAGGGAUGCCGGGUAGCUUGCUUGACAAGGAAAUGUGCUUAACCACACACAGCUUCAGCCAUACGCCAAGGGCUGCUUUAUUACCACACAUAUACAUAAACUCAAACACACUCUGAUGCUACUACACACACACACACACACACACACACACACACACACACACUACUGAUGUGUUGCCACAGCCCACAGUCAGCCAUGUGCGAUAAGUGGCCCCGGGGUUCUUAGUUCCAGAGGCUGCAGAUAACUUCUGUGGGCGACCACCUAUCUCUCCCUGAGGUCCCGUCAGUCUGAGCCCAGCCUAGACCACAAUCCCCGUGGAUAAACCCAUCCAUUCUUUAGUCAUGCUGGUUUGGUUUUGGAGAGAGUGUUUUGAUCGUGAUAGCAUAAUGGAGAAAAAUUGGCGGGGACAGAAAGAGAACGCUAUAAUCUGUGUGAUACUUGGUGUUUUCAAAUUAACUUUGCUUUUACCGCAUUUUGAAAGCACUGCAAACAAUCGUAGAGGCUUGGCCUUGGGUGCAAGAGUGAGUCAUUUUGUUUUUCUUUCAUUUGUUUCACCCCACAAAUUGUCUGAGAUCUGGUAUAAUUUUGUUAGUUCAGCAGAAGUGGCGUGUGUGACCAAAAAGAGAAAAAAAAAAAAGACAAGUUAGAUGAUCACACUGCACACCACAGCGAAAGCCCGGAGUGUUUGAGUGGGUGGCAGAAGAAGUCAAGUUUGUUGCGGUGUAGCGCACUAAUCUUGCUCUCAGUCAAAAGGAAAAAAAAAAAAAAAAACAGCUGCUGCUCUCAGAGAAGUCAGUCAAGCCUGAAGUGUGGAGGUGUGUCAUCGGGUGGAGUGGGUAAGAGAUAAUCAUCUGCACAACUCUAGAGGAGGAUAGUCCUGAGCUGAAAAGCAUCUGAGGAGACUGAGAUGAAGGCGCUCAAGUGCUCAUGGUGAAAAAAGUCCUAAUAACAAGGACAGAGAUGAGUUCCCAGAAAGAAGAGCAGGACUUUGACUUCAGCUAUAUGUUUGAGUACAGCCAGAAUGAGCCAGAGAGAGGUGGGUUGUGUUUUCUUUACUGUCUGAUCUGUAUAAUGCACAGUGUGAGGACACCGUUUUACUUACGACUAAUGGAGGAAGAGCUUUUCUGCUAAAAAAGGAUGUGAGCAGGUCUGCACCCAGCAGCACCUCAACCAAACAGAUUCAUAUUUUGAUUACUUUUUGAUUGCAACUUUCUUAAGUCUCUGCUUUGUGAAUAUAAUGACUAAAAGAAGGAAGAAAAAAACUUUUCAGAAAGUUUUUUUUUAACUUUGAUUUUAUAAUUUCAACAUCAUAAUUUAAUGUUGACACUGGCCACAUUUGAAAUGUGUUGUCAACCUAAAUGUCAACAAAGUUUAUGUAUAUAAAACCUCUUGAUGCACUCAUUGCAUAAUUAUCUCUGAAAAUAGAUUGUCAGAGACUACUUUUAGACUUCCUCCCCACAUAUUAAGCGCUGUGUGACACAUUUAUCUCUUCAUGUGAUGCACAUCACUGUGGUUAGCAAAUAUAGAACAGCACAUCAAGGGGAAUGCCCUUCGUUAGCUUUCAGAAUGAAUUGUAUUCAUCCUGUGACCACUUAACCCUUGUGGAGAUUAUCACUAAAAGGCAGACAUGAGGUGUACGACUGUGGACACACACAGCAGUGGACUGCUUUGAGGCUAAAUGAGGAGGAAUACCUGCUAGGACUUUGAAUAUUAUGGCUCUUGUCUGCUGGUGUUAUCCUUCACUGCUUGCUUGUGCUUGCCCUUUGUUUGUGUGUUUGGUGUGUGUGUGUGUGUGUGUGUGUGUACUGUGCUGCAUCUGUGUGUACCGCUGCAGCAAACUCUCUUUGACUUAAUCACAAGCUCAGGGCGAUGCGAGAGUGCUGUCAGUUUUCCACAGGGGAGGGCCUAAUUCACUCAGUGAGUGAUGCAAUCAAUCAAAUAAAGCAUCCAUCAGCGCUGCUGGAGGAAUUCCUGUAGAGUACAUACGACAGCAGGGAGUGCCAAAUAGAGCCUUAGAUGAACUGAUCAAACAAACAGAGUGGCUUUGCUACUUAGGACUGCACUGCUACCACAUAUAGUAACCACUUUGUAAUUGUUGCCACAUUUCUCAAGAUGUUGGUAACAAAGGAAGGCAAUCAUUUUCUGUGAGACACAUUGGAGAUAUUCGUGCACGUACUUACAACUUUCUCCUUCUUUUCAGAUGCAUACAGCUACGCACCAAAUGUCAGCUUGUCCCUCCCUGUAGGCAUGGGCAACCCUUGCCUCGCCACCCAGUACCACACCCUACAGUCCAGUCCUGUCAUCUCAGUCACCUCUUGCCACCAGACGGGCUACAGCUUUCAAAAUGACAACCAUAAUGCACCAGGUUACUACCUUCCCCAUGGCCUCAGACCCAAUGGAGCCCCAGCCCUGGAGAGCCCUCGCAUUGAGAUCACGGCCUAUAGCCAGUACCCUGAGGAUGAGGUUGAAGAGAGCUGCAGUGAGGACCACGUCAUCAAACGUGGCGUUAACUCCAUAGUGACGCUGACACUCCCCAAUGCCGAUGGCUACCGUGAUCCCAGCUGCCUCAGCCCUGCGAGUAGCAUUUCAUCUCGUAGCUGUAACUCUGAGGCAUCAUCGUACGAAUCCGGCUUCUACAACUACGACAACUCACCGCAGAACUCCCCCUGGCAGUCUCCAUGUGUGUCUCCCAAAGGCUCCUCCUCACUCCUGUCCUGCCAUCAUGCCAGUGGCCCUGCAGCCUCCCCUCGUCACUCACCUUCCACCUCCCCUCAGAUUGGAGCUGUGGCCGAGGAAGGCUGGCCCGCUCAACCCCGCGGAUCCAGGCCAAACUCCCCCUCCUGUGGUGGAGGCAACAGCAGUGGCAGCAUGGGGAAGAGAAAGUACAGCUUCAACGGCACUUCAUAUCAUCAGACACCCUGCUCACCCAACCAGUCCCCAAUACCAUCCCCACAUGGCUCCCCAAGGGUCAGCGUCACUGAUGACAACUGGCUCGUCAGUACCAACCAGUGCACCAACUCCGCCAUCGUGGCUGCCAUCAGUGCAUUAACCACGGAUGGAGUGGUAGACAUGGGGGAAGGAAUCCCAAUCAAGACUAGAAAGACCAUGCUGGACCUCUCAACAUCCAUGAGUCUGAAGGUGGAGCCCGGUGGCGAGGUGCUGGGGACUGAUGGUGAGCUUUGCCAUGAAGACUACCCCUCCCGCUUGGCUCUGAAGAAGGAGAGUUACUGUGGAGGGUUCCUGGAUGUACCCCAGCAUCCGUACUCCUGGUCCAAACCCAAGCCUUACCUCAGGUGGGUCAAGUUUCUCAGCUACUCAGAAGUACUAAAAACUACUUCAGUAGAGAAAUUUAUAAGAUUAAACACUUAAGACUUCAAAGAACCACUUCAAACUUGUUGAUCCUUUGCAGUUAGCUGCUGUUUUUCCUUAAAAUGAAAUGAAUGACUUGUACAUCUUUUUCAGGAAGGUUUACGGUUACAAAAUGUCUGUCUGAUGUCGGCCGUUAAAUUUCUCAGGCAGUGCACGCAGUUUGUCAUCAGUAAUGCCACUACUUCAUUACCCUUUUCUAUUGUUUUUACAUUUGUUAAGUUUUUAUAAUGCAAGAACAAGAUUGUUUUAGUUUUCAAUCUUCAAAGGCCACAUCAAAAGUACAAAAUCCAAAAGUUACAUGCUCUGUACUUCCAAAAGAGUUCUCUUUGAAGAUCAAAACUAUUUCAUAAAUCAUAUUUCACAGGGAGGAGUUGCCCAGCAUGUCUGCAGCUGUUACUAUAGCAACCAACACACAAACAUAAGUGCGGAUGUAGUCACAAUCACAUGCAUGGGCUCAGAAAAAUACACACUCACUCAACUAUAUAAUUGAUUUUUGACUUUUGAGAAAGGUAUACUUUUUUCAAUUGUGUCCCUCCUGUCUUUUUUUUCCUCGCCAAUAACACACUUUCCUGUCGGAAAUCAAGUGUUUGAUUAAGAUAGUGAGCAACAGGAAGUCGUGGUGACAGGCCUGGCUGAAGGGGAAGCAGUCUGUGGCUUAAUCAGCCGGCUUGCUGCUCUGGUGUGUCGCGCCAUCAGCCCAUCUCUUUCUGUGUAGCUAGCCCUGAUGUCAUACUCUGAGUGAGCAGAUAAAGCCCUGCGGGGGGAAAUCAGUUCGUUUUGGGUCAACAAACAGCCCGCAAGCUCCACAAAGAUGCCAGAGAUUGGUUUCAGCUGAGCCACCCUUCAGGUCAGGGGUUUGCAGUGACCAGGCAUCCGGCGUACAGAAAUAUUGUCUUGCACAUGUUUGUUUUGGUUUAGAUAUCUCCAUAGUGUUCACAGGGGAAGCUCUAACUCUCCAUCUCAAGAACAAUGAUGUUAGGAGAGGCCAGCAGUGGGUCUGAGAAAGAGAUCUCAUGCUCCAAGGCAUACAGCUGACCCUAUUCAGUUUUUUGUGAUACUGCGGCUAUCCUUCAGAAUUUCAAAGCUAUUAAUUUUAAGUGGAUAAUUACUGUAUCAAAGGACAAGCUGAUUGCUGAUUUGAGUGAUUUGUUUUUGUGCCCUAGAAAUGUCUGUCGUUCUGCUGUCACUUUCUCAACACCCCGUGUCUUUUUUUUUUUUCCACCUGUCACACCAUAACACAAAACACACUGUUUCCUGACAAGGGCACAUUCGGCUCUCAUUUAUGUUCUUACAGAGAGGGCUGCUAAUUAUUACCCAGGAUGAAGGAAUUACAUGUCAGUGGAUGACCUCAACUGAUUAGAUUAAAGUCAAUGAUGAAAUAGAGGCGACUCAAGUCCCGAAAAAGUCUUAAUCUGAUUCAUUUAAGGCAAGUUUCGAUCAUCAGAAAUAGCCGAAAGAUGCAACUCAGCUGUGAAAAAUUCAGAGUAUCAAAUGUGGCGUAAGUUUGAGAAUCAAAAGAGAAAAUAAAAUUUAAAAAGUUACCAUAUGAUGAGACACAGAACAACUUGAUUCAAUACGAAGAGUAAAAGUACAAUAUGAUAGGAUACAGUACCAUACAAUAUAUGAUACGCCACCAGACAGUACGUAAUAUAGUAUAAUAUGUCAUGGAAUGAUGCAGUGUUGUGCAAAAUGGCAUUGUGCAGUAAGACACAAUGCAUUAAGAUAUGCUUUAAAUUACAUAUGAUACUGACACAACAGAAAAAAAACACCAUACAAUAAGAUACAAUAUCAUAUUAAAUUAUACUAAACAAUAUGAUGCCAUAUGGCAUACAAUGCGCCACGAUACAAUACAUAUCAACCUAAUAUAGUAUGCAACCUUAUGAUGAUACGAUAUGUUACAAUGGUAUACCAUAUGAUAAGUUUCAAUAAGAUGAGAGUGGGUAGAAAAUGAUUGAUGCAUCUCUGAAUAUACCUUACAGGUGAAAUCUGUCUUGGUCUGAAGUAUGGCACAUCCUUUACUGCUCCUCAAUAGCCCAAAUAGAAAAGCACAAAGAAGCAAAAAACAUGAGUUCACAUUAUUAUUUUUUGCUUUGACAAUUGUUAUUGUUGUUUUGAAUACUCUCAGUGGUUUUGUUUGUUUGUUUUCAGUUUACUGUCUUGUGUUGCACAUGUUAGAAAUAAAGCAUUUCAAAUCAGACUAAACCACAGAAACGCAUACUAAAGGAAACCACUCACAUGUAUUGCACAUUAUUAAUAUUGCACAAGAAAACGGCACGAAUAAGAGUUCAUUUUUUGUAUUGAGAGAUCUGAACACAAGUAAAAAUAACUGGUUAAAAGACUUAACCCUUCAGUUCAAAAGAUUGUGCAUAAGUUCAAAAUAAUUUACUAUUCUGUAAUAGAGGUCGCUGAUUAACAUAGGUUCUGUGUGUUUUGCUUUUACCUAAUACAAAUGUGUCAUUUUUUUUCAGCCCAUCUCUCCCAGCUCUUGACUGGCAGCUGCAUUCCUGCUCUGGCCCGUACAACCUUCAAAUUGAGGUGCAGCCAAAGUCCCACCACAGGGCCCACUAUGAGACUGAAGGCAGUCGAGGGGCAGUGAAGGCUCUGUCUGGAGGCCACCCUGUAGUACAGGUAUGACAGCAGCACAAUAUUACUGAAGGAGGGAUUUGUGAAUCUGAUCUUAAGAUUCUCUGUACACAUCGCCUUUAGCCUCAGUCAAAGAACGCUUUGUGUGGUUGAACUGUGGAGUAAUUUGCUGUCAUUACAGCAUAGGUGGUAACAAGCAGACAAACACACGCUGGUUAAUUGCACAUUACUUUUUGUGUUUUCUGUCCAGCAAGAAGCCAGUGACUUGGCCAUUUAGUUGUUGACUUAAUGACAGCAUGCAGUCGCAGGGCAAACAGCAUGACUUUAUUAUUCAUCCUGACAUUUGCACUUGAUUCAAAUUAUUAGUGAAAUCCUCUGAAUUAACUGUCAAAAAUCUUUCAUCAAAGUUGAAAAAGAAACAAGCAACAAGAAGCUACUGCUUCAGACUUUGCAUCCUGAAAGCAUAAAGUACUCUAAAACAAAUGGCAAGUUUGUGAUUUAAGUUUAAAAUUGCUUAAAUUUUCAUCAAGCUGAUCUCAAAAGCUUCUUCUGUAACUUUUAAUGGCAGUGGUACAGUGUAUAAACAUCCCAGCCGACAUGUUUCUGCACUCCUAUGCUGCGUUAUUAAUGUUCUCUGAAGCCAGGAGUCAAUCUACGGCUGCAAAAGGUCGCCACGACCAGCAGCAGUGCACGUUGACUCAAUUAGUAUAGAGCAGGGCCAUUGCCUCUCACUAUUGUGCUUGGCGUACACUUAAAGAGCACACGUCAGUCUCGCCAACAGCACAGUACAGAGCUCCUUUCUCUGCUGCACUGUCAUCACACUGUGCUGACAUCUUGGUUUACUCAAGGUGGGGAUGGAGCAGUGUGUGUUUGUGUGCCCUAAAGUUUAAGGGUCUUUUCCAAAUUACAAUAUCAUCAAUUCAAAAUAAAACAUCAAAGCCAGAGGGAGUUCUCCAUUGACAAGUUUGUUUAGGACAAGACUGAAUUAUUCUUAUUGCAGAUGUUCCUUUUUUAAGACAUUACUCCCUAUAAAAAGAGUUUUGUAGACCUAUAUUGGAGCUGGGCGGAAAAAAAAAUGAUAAUACUAUCAAAAAUGAAUUUCCCUUGAUAUCAAUCUGAAACAUGGUCAGUAUGCUUUCUGAUAGCCGACAUUCUGCCAUGUUUUGGUAGACUAUACUAAUAGCUAAUGAAAAUGGGAGUUGCUCCAAGUCUGCACCACGCUGAACCAAUAGUGCUGAGUUAGAGCCAAGUAGCAAACAACUGCGUAGCAGCAGGCUGCAACUACAUACAACCAUAGCACGCAACACAUGAAGCCUACAGCGCUGUAGAUGAGAAAAAAAGAAAAUGAGUGCUACCCCCGGCAGAAAUGCAGAUGAAGGCUCAACAGAUGACAACAUCGUUGACCAGACUGGCACAGCAAGUGCCGUUUUCUCUCGCGCAACGCCUUAUGACAAAAUGUUGAAGAGACACAAAGCCCUCAGAGACAGUUGCUUAUUGUAUUGCAAAAGACAUACAAUCAAUAAGCACUUUUACAUUUCAUUUAAGAGUAACAGGGAACAUUUAAGAUUGACGAGUGUUUUUUUUUUUUUUUAUAUCCUGAUAUUUAUCGAUAUUGACUGAUAUGAAAAAAAUAUAUAUUGUGAUAAACUUUUUCCCAUAUCGCCCAGCCCAACCUAUAUGUUUUCAGGAUGGUGGUCCCUCCAUGUCACACACUUAGCAGUAGACGUUAGCACCACAGCUGUUUUGUAAAUAGAUGCUGUCAGCAAACCCUGGUCUGCUCUGGGUUGAAUGCACUUGACAGCUGUUGGCCUACGUGCUGAUAUAAACAGGCUUGUCAACCUUUAGGUUUUCUCUGUAAAUACAGGUAAUUAUUCCCCUUCAUUACAAACCCUUGUAUAUCAACAUGCGGGUGAAUCAACACCCCACACCUCCACGUGAGGCAGACCAGACUCAGCUUGCCAUGAACAGCUGCGGCAGGUGAGGCUGCUUCUGAUUAAGUUUACUUUCUGACUCACUCGGCCGGCGAAAAACUCAUGAGUAAGCAUCCUGUGUCUUAGCACUGUGAUGUCCAGAUUUAGAUUGAUGACAUGGGCUAUUUGUUUGAUUCUGCGCAGACACCAAGUCAAUGCCAAAUUUGCAAGGAUGUUUUCAAGUCUGUCUGCGUCUGGUUAGCCAAUAUCAGUAAGUACUAGUCAUGGAGAAAAUAUGAUGACAGCUGCUUUACCGUCACACCUCCCCCCUCCUCGCAUAGCUCACACUUUACUCUUACUUUUUACUGUGGAAUGAUUUAUGCCUCUGAUAUUACAUGUGUAGACAUUUAGGAUAUCUUGGGGGAGUUAUGACAGUGAAAAAAAAACACUGGAAGCAUGUAGUUGGCAGGAAGAUAAAUGUAUGAAGAUCCUGCAAUCAAGUGUACAUGCUAGAGGGGAAUAAUAUAGACAAAGAAAAGAGCAAGUACUAUACCUUUAAGGUCUCAUAAAUCUGACUGGCUCACAUUUUAGUCUAUGUUGAUAUGUGGUGAGACAUUUUGUUGUUGUAGUCUAAGAGGAUAGUACAUGUCAUAGUCCCCUGUGCCCUUGGGCAAUGAGUGGCAAGCACUGGAUGGGUGAGGUGCAAUCAGGGAGAAUAAGCCAAUAAUGACACCAGUGUAGGAAGCAGCUAAGGAAGUGUCUAUGUGUGUGUGUGUUAGUGUGAGUUUGUGUGUGAGAGGGAAUGGAGAGUAGAGAGCAAAAGAGAGAAGGGGCAAAGGGAGUCACCAGGCAGCUGGGGCCUGGCUGCCCCAGGAGAUGCUCUGUAUCCUGCUGAUUAGAGCCUGGGCGGCCCUGAGCAUGAUGGCGGCAGAGGGUUGUGUUUUUUUUUUUUUUUUUUGUGGUGGUGGUGGAUAGGAGUCAGAAUCUCGGCACCCAUCAGGCACCACCUCCAUCUUCCAUGCACUGGUGCCUCCCUCUCUCCCUGGAGGACCUGGGGAUGUCACUCCUCGUGAACUGCUCAUCCUUCAACCAUCUCCCAAACCCACACCAGUAGGGCUCCCUCUGUUAAAGCCCAGUCAUCCACAACUGUAUUGUUUUUUAGCACAUGGAUGAUCAGACACACGCGCUUUGAGUGAUGGUGACAUGUGUGAUGGAAAGCAACACUGGCUGAAUAAACAGUGAGAGGAAAAACAUGAAGGGUUACACUGUUUCAAGAGCGUACAGAGUUCCCAGGAGAGACUUAAAGUCAAACCAGGGUGCCUAACAUCCAUGAAGUGUUCCCGUCUUGUUAUUCAAUAACAAGCAGAUGUGUUUUCUCCACAACUGCACCGCAAAGUUAAGCAUCUAAAGGUCUGACAUCAUCCUUAGCUGCAGUAGAUCAACCACACCCCAUUCAAUGCUCCCCACCACACAGGAUGGAGACAUUGUGGCAUGGUUUGGUGGAGAGAAUGGAGCGUCUCAGACCCUAGAUUAUGGGUUACCUCGACUCACUACUUGCACCAGCUCUUUUAGCCUCAAGUUACAAAUCUCUUUCAUUUAUUCAGGACCCGCACUCAGACCUUCUUUCUUCACAGUGGUCCACUUUUUGACCCCUGCAACUGCUUUUCCACUUUAUUUACUGCAUCAGACCACAGCGUCAUUAAAAGGGAUUCAGGGGUUCCCUGUUGGCCAUUCUCACACUGCUCUAGACUUUCCCCCCUCACCACAGGUAUGCCAAAACCUACAGGAUGGUUUCUGAUGCUCAGGAAAAAUAACAACCUGGUCUACCUUCACUCAGAAUACCACCAUGACAUUGAUCGAUGGAUUUUUCCAGGGGAGAGUGGGCGGAAAGAGUAUAUGUAAGGAAUAUUUUAUACAGAAUUAAGUGAUAAAGGACAUGACCUGGAUCCGGUCUAAAGUCUGGGGUUUGCCGAAGAUGUUGUAAAGGUUUUUAGGUUCAACCUCAGUCAGGAAACACAAAGACAUCCGCUUAGUAACAGCAGACAGCAACACCUGUGGAGUAUUAAAUCUAUCGCGCAGCAUGCUGUAAGGUCCUGCAUAUGGCUAGCUUGUAUGGGAUAAUGACUGGCCUAUAGGGCCUUCCCCCUUGUGCAUACACUUACUCUCCUUCGGUCUCUCAUUAAGUCUGAAGCAGCAACAGACAUGGUGUAAUUUCAGCAGGAUGUGGCCAUCAUCUCCAUUAACGAGUGCGUGACUUAAUACCCAUCUCCUUUCCUCUGCACUUGUAUGUAAUGUAUGUCAAAUUUGCAGUAUGUUUCCGCCACAAGAACAUGAAAGACCUUGGCCAACAUGUGCUCGCCUCUCUGCAUGUGCAGUUUCACCUUGGGAUCCGGUGCUUGCUGGCUGCGUAGCGUCUCAAAAGAAACCCACUGAUCUCCAGCACCCUGUACUGUAGCUGCUAAUUGCUCAUUAAAUCUACUGCCGCCUCUUGCUUGAUAUCCAAGAGGCUUGGUUUACGCUGUAGUGUAGUGCUUUAGAGCUUAGCUGGGGCAGUUACUUGUUGCCCAAAGGGGUAUUUAUGCCACUCUUAAACUGUGGUUCUCCGUCUGCAGGGUUUCCCUACAUUGGUAGUGGGCUACCACUAAUUACCAGUUAAUAGUAAGCGGAAAAUAUGGAGUAAGAUUCGUAUCAUUUUUACUGGUCUGAGGUGAUAAACAGACAGGCCACAUAUUUAUGAAGAGAGAAACUAAUGGGUAGUCGUGGAAGAGGGGGGCCCAGCAGUCAUUCAUGCGUCGUCUUACUCAUAUUCUCCAUAUUUUCUGGAUGAUAUUCCUAUGGCGGGCUGUGAUGGUUACCAAGUCAUUCCUUUUGUAUGGAAUUUGGACCCUCAAUGGUCUAGACAGGGGCUUGUGCUUGAAACUAUGCCCUCAAUGACAUAACAGUAAAGCAGACAGUUCAAGGAAAACCUUGAGGGAUAAAACCGUUCAUUUGCUUAAAAAUUGGGACUUUGUAGCCGUAGGAAAAACAGCACAGUAAAAGAUUGCUUAGGUUGCCUGAUGCGUUGAAUAUGAGGCACUCGAGACAUCAGCGGGGCAGGCGGGUGAUAGAGUAAAGUCUGGAAGGGGAGACGACUUGGACGAGUGUACAUUUAAUUGGGUACAGCAGAGACUGGCUGUGUGACUGUCAGCACUUGACAGAGAGAGGGGAGCGUGAUAAUGGGAAAAGCCUGAAUCUGCUGUUCAAUCUCUCCUCCCCCUUCUACGUCCCCCCUCCACUCACUCCAGUCGUCCUCUCCCUCAGCUCCCCCUGAUUCUGUGUGCCACGUGGAGUUCUACGAGUCAUGACAUUUCUCCAGGCAGUGAUGAAAUCAGUGAGGAGCGACAGAAGGCAGCACACUGCAGGCCUGUGGAGAGUAUUCACACUCAAUUUCUGGUCAGGCCAGACUCCUCUAAUUUAUCAGCGAAUGACCAUUUACUAUUGCCUGUUUGAAUCCUUUCUUUUACAAUUGAGGCCAGUCAAAGGAAGUACUGGAAUUGUCACUGCUACCAAGAAAUGAGAGGAAAGAAGUUGUUAUGGAAUUUUUUUUUUCGGGACAACUGAUUUUCUUUGGUUUGAAGGAGCGGAAAUAGGGGAGAAAAAAAACUCUUGGAUCAGUUUCACACUGGCUGAAACUUUCAGUGCAGAUGAUGAAUCUGCCAUGGUCCACAAGCACUGGGAGAUGAAUGGUGGAAAGUGGGUGGGAUGGACCUCCUUCUCCUCUUUCCUCAACACCCCUCCACAUCAUUCCAACUGACCCAGACAAUACAGCUGCAUACAAUUACACAAUUAAUGCAUCAGCUGCCACAUCCAUAAUGUUUUACUUUCGCCUCAGCUAUCAGAAAUGGCCUGCGCAAUAGCGGCUUGCGGUAGGAGGUGUAAAUGGAUCUAGCUGACACAGUGGCAAGAGUUGGCACCCUGAAACAGCUGCAAAUCAAGUCUGGAUCAAACUUGGUUUGGAUUAGCUCAAAGUAAAUAUACAGAGCGUGUGCCAGAUACAGCUGCAGUUACUGCUGGGAAAACUCAUCUGGUCAAAAUUAGCCGUUGCCUGCCUCAAUAGCACUGGACACAAAUAUAAAGCUGAGGUCACAGGUGUGUGCAAAGUCUAUAUUGUCACCCAGCAGCUGUGCACUCAGAUAGGCUGAGGGUAAAUGCCCCUAUGGUACCCUCAUGUCUAAAAUAAUGCCACAUAAGUGCCAAUCUGAACACCUUCGAGGUUGACAAAUAUGUAUGAAAUGCCUCAAAUAAAGUGCCCGCUGGAUGUCCUUGUAGUGGAUUAAAUGUAAACUAAGUGCCCUCUGGAUGCUCUUCCAGUAAAGCAAUGUAAACAAAGUACCCUUUGAAUGAUCUGAUAGGGAAUGAAAUGUAAACAAAGUGUCCUCUAGAUGUCCUUCAGUUGGGGAAAUGUAAACAAAUCCCCUAUGGAUGCUCUUGAACUUCAUGAAUGUAAACAGAGUGUCCUCUGGAUGCUGUUUCAGUGGGUGAAUUGAAAAUAAAUCCCGUUUUACAUGCUCUACCAUUAAAUAAAAUACAAAGUACGCUAUGUCAGCCCUCCCAGCAGAUAAAAUGUGAAGUGCCUUUUUGAUGCCUUUCUAGUGGGUGAAAUGUAAACAAAGUUCCCUUCCAGUUGAUAAAAUGUGAUAAAGUGCUGAUUUAACUUCCCUUAUGUUAUUUAAUUGGAAGUUGUAACCUCAAAUUCAAAACUUGCAUGACAGCUUUAGUAUUAUAUGGCAGCAGGUGCUUUUUUAGUUUAUUUGGCCCCUUCCCUCCAAACAGCCUGAGUAAACUACUGCCUCUCAUCGCUUAAAGUUGACAACACUUUCUCGACUGUUUCCACUCAUGGUAUUUUCCUUCAAGGACUGAAAUGAAUAAGUGAAUUUAGCUCUCUGCUUGUGGUGAGUACUUGAGUGAGCAUCACGAAAGUCUAGCAGAAGCAGGGCGAGGGUCAGGGAGCACAUAUGGUAAAGGAAUCGGGGGAGGUCGCCCUGGGGGGACUCGACCGCCAUCCUCUGCUUCUGGGAAGACCAGCGUCACCAAGAGGGCUACCUGACCUCAUUAAUCACUUCCUCUCCUGCAUGAGGUCACUACGGCUUUGAGCGUGGACACCGCCGCCAGUGUGUGCUACCGCAAGAUGAGUGAAGGGAUAAAGACCACCCCUCCCUCCAAGUUCUCUUGUGGGCCUCUUCAGAGCCACGUGGCUGCUGAGGUAAUGUUUGGAGGUCAGCGAAAGAAGUCGUCUAAGGCACAAGUGACAGAUGACACAGCUUUGCAGAGCGGCUGCCUGCCUUUUAUUAAAUCACGAGGGGGACGUCAUGCAAUUUAACGCUCCGGUGUUUCAGAUUUGUACCUCAUGCUUCGCCGUAGAGCUCUCACAAGUCAAUAACACAAGUAACUGGUAGCAUGUGUGGCUAUGGAUAAUUACCUCUGGUGACACCAUAAGUAAAAUAUAACAAGCAGAGCAGGGUCUGCUGGUGAGAUCACCGGAUAGAUGAAGUGGUCCCUUGGGAUGCCAAGACUUCAAGAAGCUCCUGACCUCGGCCUAACUCACUGAUGACUAGCAUGUGUGACUAGCUCACAGGUCAGGACAGCUGCUAGAGACACUAUGUGGAGCCGAGGAGAAAAGUAGGAUAGUUGGAACAGGAGAUGAAUGACAGUCUUCACCACUCCUUUUGUAUCCACUUGAUAUUUGGAUCAGAGUGUACAGCCAGACAUUAUUGAGACAUAUGGGGAAAUGCUCUACUCUGGUGUCCAGACAGACUCUAUUUUCAUUCUGCCUAAUUAACACUAUAAAUUGUUUAACUAGAGGAAGAAAAAACACAUCCUCAGCCUUGUCACGAGUCCAAAUGAUCUGUCACCAAGUCCAGGCUUAAGGCCUUUAAUCGUCAUGUUUAUGAUCAGAUCAGACAACUUGAAAACUCUAUCUAGGAGAAUUAGUUCUUAAACUAAAGACUCAAGGUGUCCGUGACACUAGAGCACUACUUUCCACAGUCCUCUAAUAACAUAUCUCUCUAGAGUUCCUACAAUUUUCAUCUUCCUCACACCCCCAUUCCUGACCGCACUCACUAGGGUAAUUAUAAACCCAUUUAUCAGAUUAUGUCAUAGGUUACAUGUGUUCUGCAUUUUGUUAUAUGACUCAGUCUUUUGGAUAAACAACGGGGGUCUUUUAUUCCACUUGACGGGCCCACUGUUUUCAUGGAGCUCAAAGAAAUAGAUCUGGAGUGAUGCAUGAGUGUGUGUUUGUGUAAUUGACCAAUUUGUGGGAUUUUUCAGAUGCUUAUGGCUUAGUGAGGUAUGGCUCUGAGUAUGUGAUCACUCCGUAAAUAUCAUGUUGUGAAGUAUCUACCUGUAGACUGAUCGUUGAAGGUGCUCACAAGUCUUCUCUUAGUUUGAGCCAGAUGGAUUUUUCAGGUUUCUGGCAGUCCUUAGAGGGUGUCUAACUCUGUGUUAGACACAGAGAUGAAUGUUGUGGCGUGCUGGCUUCUCUAGUUAUACCAACUUCAGUAAUGACCGCACGAUAGCAAUACACAGCGGUCUAUCACUCCACAUGCAAACCUCAACCAAAAAGCCACUCUAUAGCCACAAAUAAUGCUCGGAACAGCACCUAACUUCAUCAACAGUACACAAAGGGUCCCAGCCAUAGUACUAGCCAUCAAACAUCUUUUUAGCUUUGCCUGUAUUCUUUAGCAAAGAGACCAAACACAACUCACCCACACUCUUCCAGCAGCCGCUUGUUUGUGGGGGAGUCCUGACGAGUAGAUCACUGAGUGCAGAGAAGUUUCGCAGCUCAACGAAGAACAUUUAUGAUUAUUACUUAAUGGAAAUGCAAUCAGACUGAGUCGCUAAGGCAGAAGAACAACUGCGUCUGCAGUGCAAAAUGAUUAAUAAGAUGAUAAUUACUUCAAGUAAACGACCUGCUCAGUGUUACGGUGUGUUUAACCCUAACUUAAUUUUACACCCCAAUAUCCCUUUCAGCUGUAUUGUCACUAAGCAGUCCAGUUCAGUUUGGUUAGGAAUGGGACACAAUUACUCACAUUUAUAUCGUCAAAAAAGGUAAAAGGUACCAAAAUAUCUGAUCCAUACUGUACUACUUUUUGGCACCCAUUUGCUAUUGCACCAGGAGAAUCAGUACCCUAAAUAAUGUGCCUUGAAUAAUUGUUACUCAGAAUUUUUGACAGCUUUUUUUUAAGCAGUAGUUCACUAUGGGCACAAAUUCACCAAAUCACUGCCCUGGAUAAUACAACUUCAAAAUAAAAGCCUUGUGCGGAAACAAGGGGGUUCCCUCCACGGCAAAAACAAGCAGCACCACAGUACAUUUUCAUGCUUGUGACAGCUUAUAAUUUUUCAGCAUACUUUGGCUGAGAUCUACAUGCAGCUUUCCUGAGAUGGACAUGAGCAGUGUGUGAGAUGUGCUGCUGGCAAACUCAACAGUCUAUCCUGUUCAUAUAAACCCAAGGAUGGAAAUCAAGCUGUUCCUGUCCUUUCACAAAACCAACAUGCUUCCUGUGUUAAGCACCAGGGUACAGUUGGCUGUGGAAAUACAAGCAAGAUUAGAGCUCCCUGUAUCAAACCAUAACUAACUGCACUGACCCAAACCAAACUGUUCUGUGGACACGCACCAUGAGCCUACGGCAACAUCCGCCCAGCUGACCGUAUAAUAACUGCAAAAUGCAGUGAGCAGGGAUAUCCUGGGAGGUCCAUUGUGGAAGACUCACUUUCACCAGUAAUCCACAUUUGGUUGGCAAAUUACUCUGGUCAGAAAUCACACACUAAGUAUCGGUUGUCCUUUACCACAGUUUGGAAUUUGCAAACCAGCCUGUGUGUGUUCACAUUUCUGAAGCAUUACACACUUGGUUAAAUCAUCAAAUACCAAAUGUAAAUUGGCGGUUUUAGUUUGUAAUUGAACGUGUCUUUGACCAAAAAGUCAACAGUGUUCUCUUCAAACUCUGCACGGCUGACGGAGUUUUUCUUCUGUUUUUGAAAUAUUUGAUCUUUUUUAUUACUUGAGCAGUAGCUGCUAAUGGAGGUCUUCUAGAGGAAGUGGUGGUUGUUUGAAGUGGUGGUUCUGAUACAGGAGUCUCUUUCAUCACAGUGGGACACAGUCUCUGAGCUUUAAUGGAAAUCAUAAUGCAUGUUCAUAACUACCCAAAGGCAAUAAGGGGCGGGCGGCACGCCAAGUUCCAUGAAGUUUUUUUGUUGUUAUUAUAUUCAGGUGUUAAGUUCGCUGAAGUUGACAACCUUUGUGUGGAAUUUGUGUUUUGCAUCUUCAGGGUGGUUGCUGUGUAUGUCAUGAUGUCUGUUUACAAUGCUGUAAAGAUUUAAACCACAAUUCACCAGUGCUGAAAGGUUGAGCGCCAAAGUUUCAUGACUCAAAUAUUGUGACAGAGCUCAGAUUAUCGCCCUGAUUUCUUACUUUGAGUUAUAAGGGUCACUUCUAAUGAGUCACUGUUGACUUCUCGCUUCUCUGUAGGUUUUUUGUGCAGUGUAGAGGUAAGAUCUUAAUGAAUGGAUUUGUAGAGUAGUUGCCUCUAGAACGCAGAUCCCAACCCGAGACAGUCUCAAAAAAACAUCAAACUUAAUCACUAGCCCCUAAAGAAAUGUAGAAGUAGCUCAUAAAAGUCAAACUUCUCUGUGCCCUAAAUAAACGUAGAAAAAAUGGCAAGGGCCACACAGUCUCCAACCCAACCAAAAAACAAACAAGGGAUAGGGGUAUAUUUUUGUAGCCCCUCUACCAUCGCAAAGCUAUCAUUAGAGGCCCCCUUAACUGUCAGUAGCUGAUGUGCAUCCAAUCUUGUUUCCUAAAUGAGGGGUUCCCUGACAUGGGGGUCUUAAAACCUGAUGUUUCUUCUCACCUGGGUCCCUUUGUUCUCCCCGCCAGCUUUAUGGCUACAUGGAAAGUGAGCCGCUCACCCUGCAGCUGUUCAUAGGGACCGCAGACGACCGCCUCCUGCGACCACAUGCCUUCUACCAGGUCCACCGCAUCACCGGCAAAACCGUCUCUACCGCCAGUCAUGAAGUCAUGCAAUCCAACACCAAAGUUCUGGAGAUCCCUCUGCUGCCUGAAAACAACAUGAGAGCCAUGUGAGUGCUCUUAGACCUUCACAAGCUGCCUAUCCAUCUUUUUCUUUCCACGAUUUUUCACCGCUAACUUUGACUUUCAAAACCACCCACAGAAAAAAACACACACAUUUCUCUCUGUCUGCACCUUGUUCUUUGCUUCAACUCUACACAAACAGAAUACCUGAUGAUAGGUACUGUACAGCACACACGUCUAAAUAGGUCUUUAAAAAUUAGAUCAAUGCCUUCACCCCAAGAGAUGCAUCAGUUCUGAAGAGGUGAAAGAAGUACUGAGAGUUGAAUCCAUGGCUGACUUGAAAUAAAAAUGUUUGCACAAAAACUAUCCAGCUGUACAAUGCAGUCCUGUUAAGCUCAGCCAAUAUUUGCCAGUUAGUUUGAUGUAUUAGAUAACUGCUGUUUAUCUGAAAAGUUUACCGAAAUGUCAAGUAAUCAGGAUGUUCAAGUAAUCAGUCACUUGCUGAACAGUAAAAAGUUCUCUAUUGACAACAAGUGAGAGGUUAUAAUAAAACAACACAACGUCUGAAAUUACUCUUAAAGAGGGAUUUCAUUUACAUGUAUGCUCUUCACAGCAUGGAUUUAAGCUAUAUUAUAAUAUUAUUUUAUAAGAUCAAAAAUAGUGACUCUACAGUAUAGAUGGGUUUUUUUUUGGUACCAUGAUACAUCAAAAAGUCGUCUGUUAAAGAAAGGUCCUUCACAGCUAAUGUGUAAAGAAUUUAAGACUGGCAACUUAUAAAACACUAUCAAUAUGUGAGUGUAAGACUGGAACAGUUAGCUUGUCAUUAUACGUUUAGUUUUUGUUAUUAGCUUUGACUAUCAGUAGUUUUAACACUGAGUUUGCUCGCCUGCUUAAAUUUACUACUUUGCUAUCAAAAUGAGACACAAAAAGAGCGAGCUGACAUACACUCCUUGAAAGUUUGUAGCUGUGUGCUUAUCGUGAGUUUUGUGCUCUUUUAGUUUUAUCAUUAACAAAGAGAAAUUUUUGUACUCACAGUAAAGGUGUGGUUGAAAUAACAACAAGCAGGCCUCCUCUCCUAAUGAAGCAUAGUUGUGGUUUACCUGUUUCUAGGACAUUUUGGCAACAGUUUUGUAUACUGGAGCCUCUCUCAUCCAUCUCUAGAUUUGCAGCGAUCCAAAGGGGUUUCUGCAAUGACAGGUUGCAGGGCGGUGAAUGUUUUGGACCAGGGCCUAGAACUCUGUGUUAUGGAUAAUACCUCUGUAUUUAAACAUAGGUUACAUAAGGCUGUUAUUGAACCCUAAGUUAACCCUGCUUCGUCUGGAUAUUAAAAACACAGAUAAUAUAUCUAACAGCGUCACUAAUGCAUCAAAUGCACUUUUCUGAUUGGAUGGUGGCUGUCUUUGGUCAGGCAUGGAUUAUUUUAACAUUCAUACUGCUUCACAAUAUCUUUUCCAACAAUACCACAAUAUCCUGUAAGAUGUAUCAUAUUUAGGGGCGCCUCUGCAUUGACUGGACUUAAUGUGUCCCUAAGGAUGAAUCUGAUAUUAUAAAAAACAUAAAGGAGGAAGUUUAUGCUCCUAUGUUUUCAUCAGCACACGUGCUAAAGAGAGAGGAGGGAAGGUUCUUCUUUUCUCCGCCGACUCUCUGAAAGGUCAACCAGGAAAAAAGCCUAUAACUACAUCUUUCCAUUGAGCUGUUUAACAGUCGUCAUGAUAAGCUGCAUCCAUCUCUGCCAUCAAUCAUUUAGCUUACUGUGUGGGUAGAAAAUGCUGUAUUUAAACUUUCAGAAGGUUACAGUCUGUUUUUCUUUCCUAAGUCAGGAAUUUUUUGUUUCAUAUACGCAAGACAAUGCUUUCUUGUGUGAGUGUGGUAAUUUCCAUUAUGCAAAAUAAUAUAUUGUUAUAAAUACCUGCCACAGAGUCAUACAGUUGGGCUUAAGAGUUUCCGUUAGUUAAUGAUAUAGUAAUAUUCACAAAAAUUUAGUUGGUGAAGUUUAGUUCAAGUUAAAGUUUCAGUAUUUUUAUAUUUCUGUCCACUCGCAAAACCUCAAUUUCAUCUAUUCCAAACAUUUCAUUAUUGAGGAUACAGUAUAACUGUCAUCUGAGGAUAUGUGGGCCAUGAAAACUGGCUCCAGCUCAUCUAUGAAGUCUGCCAUCCUGUGUUUGUAUUAAAGUUAUUCACUCACCAGAGAACUUAAACAUCAUGCAAGGUUGAUAAGAAGUGAAAAGUCAGCAUUUCAUUUUUUUUUUUCCUUAUUUGUGUAAGUAGUCCAAACCAAAGACAAGGGAAGAAAUAGCUGAGUAUAAAACCUGACAUUUACCACGUUCCAGGAAACGUGCCCAAAAAGCUACCAUGUAAAAUAAUUGAAAUGCCAAACCAUAUCACAUUUCCAUUCCCUCACUUUUUUUUACCAGCCACACUAGUUUUAUAUUAACUCAUCAAAGGCCGUGUUUGAAAAUUAAUGCCAUUUUUCCACCAAGACAAGGGAAAGAAAAUUCAUUCCUUUACCUCCCAAACUGUGAAAUGAAGUAAAUAAGGACAGACGGUUCAGUAAAGGUCCAACUGCUACACGUGGCAGUGAUUAACAGAGGUUUAAAACCCCAAAAGCGUGAAGCGAGAAGCUUGAAUGGUGUGACUGGACAGUGUUUGGUGCACUUGGAUAGCAAUAAGUUGACUUUGUGUAUACAGACUGCAGCUGAUGGGAGCUGAGGUGCUCCGAUCAUUCCAAAAAACUGCUAAUUGUUGGACCACUGUGACCCCUAAAAACUGUUAUUGAAGUCAAUCGGGUCCAGCUCAGUCUUUGAUGAGAUACUGGAUGAAUAUGACAAAUUCAUGCUUCGGUGAACUUCCAGUGCAUAACCUGUGGCACUAGGGGGAAAUUAGCUGCUGGUCUUUAUGUGCUGCAACUCUGCUUAAUGUCUCAAUGUGAACAUUCAGGGUCAGAGAAUUAAAGCUGCUCCCAUUUCAGAGUUUCAUUGUUUUUUUUAUGUGUAAGCCUCAGAAAGAAUGGCGGUGAAGUGUGACCUAUUUUAAUCAUUACCUCUUUUAAUUAUGUUAGUCUGGGACUCCUUUGGGUGGCUUUGGAUGAUUUGCAGCUCAAAUAAAAAAACAAAAACAUGUUAGCUUCCCAUUUUAUGUGUGUUAUCGUUCUAUUACCACAUUGUCACUCACAGGUAGUAGUUUUAAACCUUCAUGGAAGGUCUUGAAUGAUGAAACUGCUCCUUACUUCAGUAACAGCUGAGAUGGAAAUCCAGGGCAUUCUGGCCUUUGUUUACAAAAGAGUCAUCUGAGCUGUCGUCCCAAAAAUACGCCAACUUCCACUGUUUUUUGGUGCCUUUGUCUUUAGAAAGAGGAAGUCACCUUGACUUCCAUUAGCCAGGAAGGUUCAGGGCAAGUGUUGGACUCUUGAAAACACAUUCAGGGAUUACACAAACGUUAGUGUAUCUCAUCAUUCUGAGACUGUGGUGAAGUUAACCCUGUUUAAACUAUGUAUUAAAGUAUGGACCAGCAUGAGAGGUUGUCCAUGAUAAUAAGAAAUGAGAAAAGCCCACUGGUUAUACAAAGACUAGCACACAGAACAACAUCUCUCCACCACAAAAUAUCAGGCUUUAAAUACAUUGUGAAGCUUUCUUUGCCUUUUUUUCCAGAAUUGAUUGCGCAGGAAUCCUGAAGCUGCGCAAUUCUGACAUUGAGCUCCGCAAAGGGGAAACCGACAUCGGACGUAAAAACACCCGUGUGAGGUUGGUGUUUCGAGUCCACAUCAACCAGCCCAAUGGCAGGACAGUUUCUCUACAGGCUGCUUCAAACCCCAUUGAAUGCUGUAAGUCACUCACUCUCAUCGGUGAAUUCACAAACGGGCCUCUCUUUUCUCUCUGCACUCCACUUUUACAAAAAGGUGGCACCUAUUGUCGUAAUCCAAUAAACUGCAGUAGUAUUUCAUGAGCUUCUGGAUAAAAUUCAGUUCCUGCAAUGAAUAUAUUGUACAUAAUGCCAGACUCACAUUUUAUCUAUCCCAACCCAUGUUUUAUGACUAAACACACAAGUUAUUGUGGUCAGACUUCCCCAUUAACACGAGUUCCUCAAAGGUCAUUUUCAAGCCCAAGUUUUUGGCGCGGUUGAAGCAGCACAUUGAAAGAAACCUCUGUUUCUUUGUCAUUCAUUUGUGUGUAGGUAUGAUGUUAUUUGCACCUAAGGAAGCCAAUUAAAGUGAGAUGGUGAGACGGAGCUGGCAUCGUGGUUUAUGGUCCAGGGUGGAUGUUAAUCCAAGUUGAUACAACAUGACAGAAGGUUUAUUCAGAAAACUCACAAUUUUUUUAGUGCUUUUGUUGGCUUGUUAUAAAAUUAAGCUUGGGUAUGAUGCAUGCCCUGCCAUGGGGUAAUAGCUCUACAUACCUGUUUAACUGGCGUUAGAUCUGAUCAUCAAAUAUUAUUGGCCAAAGACUGGUAGCAAGUCUCUUUUAUAGGCAGCAGAAGCAGGUGGUUAGCUGAAGGCUAAAAAAUGGAAAACAAGGGUUUAGGCAUGGAAAUAUCAAUUUUGUACACUGUCUGCAUUCCCAACGUCAUUCACAAAGCAGCUGCUGGCGCAAAUCCUCUUAGCCAGGGGUCAUGAAAUCAUCAUUGUAAAGUUGAUAAGCUUGUUUUCUUAACCGAGAUCUGCUGUUUUACUGGCUGUGUGCUGGCCUUGUGCUUCUCAAAGUGGAUGGAGAUCAGGCAGUGAGCUCACACACUGAAUAUUAAUGUGUGUGUGUGCAUGUGUGUGUGUGUGUGUUUCCUCAAACAGCCCAGCGUUCAGCCCAGGAGCUACCCUUAGUGGAGAAGCAGAGUGUGGACAGCUACCCUGCCACUGGAGGCAAAAUGAUGCUCCUCAGCGGCCUCAACUUCCUCCCGGACUCCAAGGUGGUGUUUGUGGAGAAAGCCCAGGGUGAGCACCACACCAUGUUUACUGCCCUUCAACCCCCUCCUUGCCUUAAUAUCUCUGUCAAAUGUGUCUCUCCUCCUCAGCCUCAGUCUUUUCUUCAGUCGCUCCUCCCGUCAAAAUAGAGCGAGCCCUGCCAGAGAACCACAUGUGGUGUGCAUUAAGCCACUAUAUUUUUAACCAAAGCGUAUUUACAUUUGCUGAAGUUUCCAUUGCCUGUUCACUGGUGCUCACCACAAGUUAAGGAAUGAAUCACAACCAGAGCAUGUGCAACGUCUCUUUCUCUCACUUUCCCUCUCUCCCUCGCUGUCUCUUCCCUGCUGAAUCCUUUGCUUUUGACAUUCAACUCUCUCAGGUACUCUCACUGUGGCUCCCUCUCCCACCCAUUCUUGCAGAAAGUCACCACGGCUGAAUGUCACUGACUCAUCAUUAUGAGGCUAUUGCUUUUACUUUUUUGGUGCGGACUUUCAGCCAUGCGUUUCCUCCCUGUGUGGGAGUGAGAAAUGAUAAAGAAGCAACUGAUCAAGUUUGCAAGGGAAUGAUCAUUUCCUUCAAGGAACCCAGUAAAUCAGAGUAAAGGUCAAGUGCUUUAAUACUGCGGCAGCCUUAUAAAAGAUGAUGUUAGCAGCCAAUGACAGGCAAGGCUACAAGUGAGGUCCACCUUGAAGGCCUCAAAAGUGCAUUUCAACAUUUAUACAUUACUAACCUCAGGUGAAAGAUUCAAUUGAUCUGUUAACAAAAGCAAAAAAUAAAUAAAGAAAAAAUAAACUUGAUACAUUUACUUGUAUGUAUAAAUGAAUGAAUGCAUUUGGUCUUUGGUAUUAAAUCACUUAUUUUGUAGUCACAAUAUUAAAAAAGUAUGCAUGAAGAACAAUAAAAAAAGAAGAUUGAUGAUGUAAUAUACAUGUGGUAUAAUGUGAAAUAAAGGAAUAACAAAAGUAUAUUAAAUAUUAAAAGUAUAGUAAAUAUAUAUUCACACACACACACACACACACACACACACACACAAAAAAAAACACAAGCACUAAUUCUGACUAUAAAGAAACUGCAACGUUUCUUCAAUUUUGUUUCUUUGCAAGGAAAAUGCUUAAUAAAGGGUAUAAAGAAGACAUGAGUGCAUAACAAUAAUGAAGAGAUAAUCAAAGCUACAGAAACAGUAGGGAUGGCAGCAACAAUAACGAAAGACCCCAAAUCAUAACAGAAGAAAAGAGAAAAAGGAAGAAAAGAUACAAAAGAAAAAAAAAUCAAACGAAAACAAACAGUCAGUGAACUGCACGAGUGUGAGUCUCUAUUUAUCAAAAACAAGGAACUGAAAGUCACAAUUUAUGAGUGCAGAGGAGUCCAUGAGCAUGUGUGCCUGUUGUGGUAAAUGACAACAAAAAACAUGUUAGUAAGUCAGUAUGUAAGAGAGUACAGGAAAAAAGGAAGGGGUUGAAGGAAGAAAAUAUGAGAAAGAAGAGGAAAGAAGGAGGAGGGAGAGAAGGGAAGCAAGGAAGGGGGAGAAUGGACAGAAAUAAGCAAUAAAGAAAGAUAGAUAGAUAGAUAGAUAGAUAGAUAGAUAGAUAGAUAGAUAGAUAGAUAGAUUGAUAGAUAGAUAGAUAGAACAAGUGUUUUAAUUUUGUUUUUUCUCAUAAAAUUGUUUUUUUAUUUAGAUUAAUUGAUAAAAAGUGUAAAUUCCCCAAGAACCCACCAAGCACACACAAAUCAAUACCAGCCUGAUCCUAGAAGAACUCGAAUACCUCAUUUUCAGAUAGUCAGACUUUCACUGUCUGUAACAAACAGCACAUAACUGACAACUAUGGUGAUAAAUUGCAUGGAAAAUUGAGAAUUGACUUACAAACACUCUGCCUUCACUCUUGGCUUACAGACAAACCUUAAACACAGUCAUUGCAACAAAAUGUUAAGAAACAUUUUAAAACUAGAUCAGAGAAAAUUUGGAGAGUUGCAUCUGUGUCAUGCAGACGACGCCUUGUUGUUCAGUCGUGUCCUAUUGAAGUUUGAUCAGCAGUUGAAUGUGGGACAUGGAGUCAGGUGAAAAUUCAUCACUUGAUCAACAGCUCAUAAAAAUAUAUAUAGUUUAUUUUUUCCCUUUCAUUAAUUUAAACACUUAAUUUUUUUUAAAGGAAGGUACACACUGAUUUUCUGUCCUUCCAGGAUAUUUCACUGAUACAAGUGUACUCUGGAGCACCUUAGGGGUUAACGGAAAGGCUGAGAGGGGGUAAGUAAAGGUGUAUGAACUUAGUUAUACGGGGUCUCCCUCCUCCUGGCUUUACUUAGUCAUGGAGGGAGAUCCCCCUGGAGAGGAAAGCCCAUUCAUACACAACACCUCCGCCUCACCACCCUCUGCUAUUUGAGACUCAUGACCUCUUCUGAGUAGUAUUUCCCUUCCUUUAACCCCUCUCUGUCUUCCUCCCUGUCUACCUCGGUUUCUCUGUUUUCAUUCCUGAUCUUUUUUACCUCUAUCCUCGAUACCCGUUAAAGACAUUAGCUGGUGUGCAGAUUGAAGCGGGAUCCCCACACUUGUGUGCACCGUGGAUAUUUCAGUGGUUUGUUUUCCGUCUCUGUGGUGUCCAGGAGGAGGUAGAGGAAAAGGUUGUCUGUCUACUACUUAGUCUGCUUUUAUGUAAACUUUAAUGACCCACCACUUCCAGGGUCUCCCAAGUCAGAAAGCCCAUUACAGACAGAGCUAUGCACUCUACACACAUGGUACACGCAGGAACACAUACAUCACUCACUAAUGGCAACUAUCUAUGAGUGAGUGCGAGCGUGGAAAAGUACUUAUGGGCCAAAUAUACGGCAAAAUGUUGUCUUUUGGCAUUUUUAUCCGAGAAACCUGCUGUUUCAUGGAGGUUCUCAGACUUCACAUUUCUCUGAUUAUUGAUUUAGAAGUACUAAACUGAAAUAAAAUUAUUAUUAUUGUACUACAGAUUUAUUCUAUAACUUUGGUUUUAUUUUCCGCUGGAAAAGUUCAUGAGUAAGAGCACCCAUGAAAAUACAGAUCCCUGCACCGCAAUAAUUACUACUCACAGAAAUAUGCUUACAUACAGUCAAACACACAUGUGAGCACGUACAGCCGAGCGCAUCGUAAAACACCAAUCAGUGUCGUAGCCACAGUGGUGACAGCCAGUACUGGGGCUGGCAUCAGAGGUCCGGAUGGCUGCACACUUUCCAAUAUUGACGCCAAUAAACACCUUCCAGAAAAUUCCGCAAAUCCAAAAGAGCAAAAGACGUUUUUUUUUGUUUUUUUUAGGUGUCCCAAUAUGACUUGGAUGAAUAGUUAUGUACAGUUAUGAUCAUCCAAGUUGAGUCAGAGGGGGAUCACAGACAGCACAAAACCUCUAAUGGUAAAAUUGAGAGGGAUCAUAAAUUCAUUAAUUUGUGGAUUCUUUGAAAUAAAUCAAACUGUUGUUGAAAAACCAGCAGAAAACAAUUUAUUGCAGCGUUUUUCAAUUGGAUGACAUUAUCCCAUUACCAGUUUGUAGUGAAGUAAUGAAAACAAGAACACUGUAAAAUCCCCCAGUAGUUCUUGGCAGGUCAUUCUAAGUAAGGCCUCUUGUUAUUGCCUGUUCAGAUAUGGAUAUGGUUCAGUCUUGUUACUCAUCUAAGGGAGAAAAUAAACUUUGAAAUAUAAACAACAAGAAAAGAAAGGGUUUUUACUCAACAAAGUGUUUUUCACAUAAUAGAAGAAGAUCAAACAAUUUCUGAGGAAAAAAAAAAAAACAUGAAACCAGCUUAAUAUCAUGUAAAAUCUGGUAAACUGUUCAUUCGCAUGUGUGUCUGCGUGCCUGUUGGCGGCUUCCAUAGAUGUCUUAUUUUUAAGUUAUAGAGACAAAACAAACAAAAACAAGAAAAGAGAACCUGGCUACGUUAACAGAGAGCAAAUUUUUUGCAAAUUAUUAGAGCUCACAAUUUGAACCAUAAUAAAUGAUUUUUUAAAGAGCCUGGGAUUAAUGUUGUUGCUUUUAAAUCAGCAGAUAAAUCUUUUGAAUAACUUGUGAAAUUGUAUGGCCCCAGUCUGUUGGGUUUGGCUGCCACUUUAAUCACUUUCUCUUCUCUCUGACUUGUUUUGAUUGUCUCUCUGUUCCUCCGGGAUGUCCCCAGUAUCAAAUGAGCACAGCUCAUCCCUGUUGCCACUUCAGAUGACCUUAGUGCACCUUGAACAAAGAAUUACUUCUUCUUUUCAAAUGCCACAUCCAUUCCCACUGCUUCACUCUGUUACCCACAGGAAAACUGAUGCAAAACCUGAUGCAUCCUUUGCUUCUACAUGUGUGUGUGUGUGUGUGUGUGUGUGUAUUUGUUGUUUUGCAUGUUUGUGUGUGCACCACCACUCUGCUGGCCUGCGGGCCUGUUUGCGUUGUUCAGGAGGAAGUGUUUUCAGUCAUUCACAAGGGAUUCCCCGUAGUGGAGUGAAACGGAAAAGACAAGACCCAGAGAGGGAAGGCAGAAGGAAGAGGAUGAAGGGGUGGAGAAGGAGGGGAAUAUGAAAGACUGAAAACACAACCUCCUUGGAAAUUCUGCUUUUGACCUCGAUUUGUUACAAUCUGUGAAGGCAAAGCACUGAUCAUGCCCUGAGUUGGUUCAGUGGAGAAAUGGGAAGUGUCAAGUCGAUUUCCACAGAUCCUUACUCAAACGUUUUGCACAUUCAUGUGACUUCUAUGAAUGAGGUUCAUUUAUCUCUUCAAGAGAUGAAUCAGCGUAACUUCUGCUCACUCUGGGGCUUAUAACAGAAAAAAAACAGUCAGCAAAUUAACCAGAUUGUAGCCAGAUAAUGAUAAACCGAAGAGUCUCAAGUCUGUAAACAUUGAUUUCAACUCUAAUUAUUGCUGACAUUUGUGUUAAUAGACCUUUAAUAGAUUUAUUUUUUCUCUGCAGAGGAGACUAAUUUCGCAUAGCCACAAUGUUGGCGUGCAGGAAUCUUUCCAUUUUCUCUUGCAUUGUUCAAUGUGACUGUUAUUCUAUUGUGUGUUAAGGUUGUGUCAAUGAUUUGGUUUGCCCAAACCACUCUCCUGGCACAAGGAUUUGAGGACAUACCUGACGCACCUAUUGCAGUGUGUGUUCUGGCUUGUCCCGCUUUCCAUAGAUGGAAUCAGGGCUACAGGCAGGGAAAAAACGAGGGAGUCAGACAAACAGAGAAAGAGAGAGAGAGAGUGCUGGGGAAAGCCUCCACUCUGACUCAAAGGGGGUGGGGGGGUGGGUGAGGGAAUUCCCUGGUGUGCUGGAUAGAUUUUACAUCUGGUGGGAUUGGAGCAUUGCCUGGAGCUCGGCAGCACCACACAGCCUGGGCUGCAGCAGGGAGAAGUCUGGUCUUCUUUACCUCUACUUCAGGCUAAGCUCGCAGCCAAGAGUAAGGGAUUUCUGAGCUACAGUACAAUCUGUAACACCAGGACAGAACAGUCCACAACAACACCCUAAGGCUAGAACUGUAGUCACGCUGAGAAUCCUUAGCAACAGGCUGAAGUAUUUGGAUUCAUGAUUGGAGGAAUGCUGGCCUCACAGAUGGUGAUGGGAGUUCAUUCAAAGACUGUUUAUACUUGGUUGAACACCUUUACCCCGGGCAUGUCUAAACUUCAGAUGAAUCGGUCGAUGUACUGUACUCCUGGCGGUAUGUCUAGACCGCCCUUUGUCUUUAGUCUAGAAUAACCUGCAUAAUCUUGGCGCAGAGAUUUGGAACUACAGCACCUUGAGGUCAACCUCCACCCUGUUUCAGGGAAGUGACUAGACAGGUAUGAGUAACACCAGCCUGUCUAAUAAUGAAAGUACAAAGAGCCAAAACCAAUCAUAAUGUUUAGUGGUUAUAGUUGUGUUAAAGUUCCAAUGUAAAUCCUCAAAUACCCUUUGACUUUCCCCUUUACUCAAGGGGAAAUACCAGAGACUGUAUAUAGAAUGGACGCUGCCACCUCCCUGGGUGAAGCCACCACGAGAACAGCACCCUUGGUGACAGGCUGCAGUAUAGGUCAUAAAUCCCACCUCCUCCAGCAAUCCCUAUGGAGCUGUGGACAAACCUUAGAAAUUUAUUACACAGAAUAUAAAUUUUCCUCCCCCUGCUUGUGAUGUUGACAUGUAGUUACUGUUAGACUGGUUUGUGGUCAAGUCCUCUUUUUUCUGUACAGCUCCAUUUUUAAAAGUUCUUAGGGGGUUCAUGUUUUCUAUGAUUGACACUUGAUACAGCCUAUUGUGUAGCUCACCCGGGGGAUACACUGUUUGAGCCGAGUGUCACCACAGUGACUCUCGGCAACUCUUCUAUUACGAGGGUCUCUGUGUCAGAAGUGCUGUUAGAUUGUGACCUAAACUGAUCGAUAGACAUGGUAGACUACAAGUUGGUGCCCUACAAAUCAUCACAGUCAAGAUGAUGAUUCUUAAAAGAAAGAGAGGCUGAGCUGGACAACACCCAGAAUAAAGAGACUAAAUAUAUUCUCUUACAUACCCUCUCUUUUGUAAGGUCUGUCCUGGUUCAUCAGCUUCAGUCAAAUGUGUCAUUUAAGAAUUAUUUUGCUUUGCCUACAUCUGUGUAUCAAAGGCGUGAAUUGAAUCAUAUCAGUAUUCAUAACAGAAAGAUGUCUAGAUUGUCCUGUGGCCUCCACCCUCUCUUCAGACUUGUCUGAACAGGGUAUUGUCAGUGUGUAAGUGGUUCAGAUCAGACAGUGUUUUUAAUGGCCCAUUCAGCAGCAGGUCUUAAGGAAUGCCCACCCACAAAUAUAAAUCUCAGUUGAAAAUUGCUCUAUGCGUUGGCCUCAUUUGUCAAGUACAGAACAAAGAGCUGAAUAACCUCUUUACCUGCACUCCUCUCUAUGCAUCCAGAUUAAAAAGUUGACGAAUACAAGUCUUACUUACAUCCACUGUGACAUAUCAGGCAACAAAGCACACAGAGCACUGAACCUUGAUGUCUACUCUGAGAACAUAAAUAUUGCAGAAUUGUAAAAGUCUGGAUGAUGUUCCUGCUGCUCUUCUCAGUCUCCAGAUCACUUUCAGACUCAAUGCCACACAGCUGGAGUCUUGAUAAAAGGAUAAAACCAGACUCCUCGGCCAGCAUUCUCUGCAGCCUGCGCCCACGGUUCAAAUUGGCUCAUGCUUUCCCUGUAAUACACCAAGAAUAACUCACUUCCUGACUAUAAACCCAUCACAAAUUCACUGUCAGGUCGUAAUUUAUACAGAAGCCUUUUGGUUUGAAGCAGAUCCACCUUUCUCCGAUUUCACCAGUCCUCAGAUUGGUAGAGGUCAGGUGCUGGAAAGCAGCUGCAUCUCUUGGAUCAGUCAUGGGGAACCCCCUUGGCCUUUUGGCUUUUCUUCUUAUUUAAAAAACAUUGUAUUUUCCGUGAUAUUGUACAAAAGAAAAAUUACUGAAGCACUUUUACUUGAGAAAGCAACAUCAGAAAGCAGCUAAAGCAGAAAAUGAUUUCUAAACAGGAAGGGAACAAAAAUGCUUCAUAAAACCAUUUCUGGAAAACAGACAUAGCUGCAAAAUAAGUCUGGGUUGUUUCACGAGACAACCUCAGCAAUUAGGCGUAUAAAUUAUAUUUUCCUUUCUGAGAAAUACUUCAGUGAGCUCUCUUUGGUCAGAGGAAGCUGUUGUGCAUGACACAACAGUUUAUGAGAGGAAAAAUCAACCAACACUCAUAGGAAGGAAAUUCAAACCUGCAAGGUCACAGUGAGGACAAAGAUGUUAAAGCUUAACCGUUCGUGAGUUCGAGUUUAAGACGGAUGUGGAGGAUGUAAAACCACAGGUAUUAUUAGCUCUGAAAUAUUAUCUGCGGUGGCUGUUUGCUGCCUGAUAUUUACACCAAUUACAGAAUAAAUCAGUCAUCAUAACUUCAUCAGUGACAAAAUCCUUAAUCAAAAAGAUGAUUGUUUAAGAUUAACAUUGACGGCCACACUGUUGCUGUGUUGUUAGUGUACACUUCAGUACUCUGCAUGUUGUCAAGCAUGGUAGAAAAGAUGACUCGUGGAAGCCUCACCCUACAUUUGCCUAAUGAAUGUUGGUAUUAGCCUUUUGUGACUCUCAUUUGCACAAGUGAGUCAUGCAGACCAGCAGACAGACGGCUGGUUUACCUUCAAGGUCAAGACGAAGAAUAAGUGUCUACUUUUCUGUCUGGUUGAACAUGCCCAUUUAUUUCUCUUGCUGGUGUUUCUGCAGACACAGCUCCUGCACCGUUGUAUUGUGUUUUGUACCUUCCUCUUUCAUCACUCAAGUUGAGGCCACGACAAAGGUAGAGGAUACUGUGGCUGCAUGUGUUUGCAUCUGCGUGUGUGUGUGCAUUGCGCGUGGGUGGAAGCCGCAUGAAGGAGGGGGUGUUGUCGGGAACAGAAGCUUUUUGCAGAUGUUGCAGGGAAGAAAGAGUGAGUGGAAAGUUCAGUGGUUAUCAGCGCUCUUUGACUCGCAAAGGUAUGCCACAUGUGGCCCAAUCCCAGCUCAGUCUCAGUUUGAAUAUGCUCAGUCUGAUAGAAUAAUGAUUUGAAAGAAUGGAGCAGCAAAGGGGUAGAAAGAGAAGGGGGAAAAAAAGGAUCAGGAGGAAGGGAGGGAGGGAGGAGAAGUGGAGGAAAAGUUUGAAAAAGUUGUUUACUAGGGGAGGCUGGGGUUGACGCUUUAGUCUAAGGUUUCCCUCUUGGAGUGUGUCCCAGUGCGGAGGCGGUCGAGAUUCCCUCUUGGUUCCCCAGACGUAACAUGAGGAACGCUCAUCUUUGUUUGUGUCUCUCUCCCUCUUUCUCUCUCUCUCUGACCUUCUCUCUGCCUCGUCCUUCCAUGCUCUUUGCCACCUCCCUACACUGUUGGUGCCACUUCAUCUCAGUCCUCUAGUAAACUGCUCUUACAGGCAUAUAACCCUGCUUCUUUUCUCCUGCCAUCCACAUCAUCUCGAAAAAGAGCAGCGCACAUUUCUCCAUAUGCAACUCUUAUUUCCCUCAGUUCAAAUAGAGACCCCUUAUCUGAUCCAUUCCCUGUCUGUUCUUCUCCUUUCUGGGGUUUUAAUACGGCCAUUUUGGAAAGAGAUAUCCACUGAUGUUCACCCCCUGAAUAAUAAAGCUGACCACCCGCUCCCACUCCCACAGCUCACCAAUAAUAAGCCAUCCAUUCCCGUGAUCCUUUAUUCUUUAACUGUCUACAAGAUGUGAAAAACAUCAUGCCUCCAGAGCUGCAGAGACUUCUGUUAUCACUUAUUUGGAAACUGACUCUGAUUAUCUUAUCUGAUGGCCUCCUGUCCCAGAAGUAAAGUGAAGUAGUUCAGCAGCAACCGUAUUGUUGUACCCAUAAAGGCACAGCUGCGUCCCACUCUUGCUAACACACAGUAGCCUUGCCACAGUGCCCAUGCUAUCCCCUCACGUGGUGUGCCACUGACACAAAGGCUGUUCUGUGUCACGUCUAUUUCUGACAGCCUUAAUGAGUCAUCUGUUCUAAAAAAAAAAAAAAAACAGGAGGAAAAAAAAAAAAAAAACGGCACAGUGGUCGCUGCUGAUUGCCGUAGCAGAGCCCAGAGCGUCUGUUAGUUAAGGUGUGGCAUGAAAUCACAGAGAAAACCCAAAGAAUGUGAGCUGAGCUUCUGCAGACUUCCAACAGCUGCAGCAGCUCUCAGGCCUUUUAUUGCGAGGCAGCCAGGGAAACCUCCUCACCACAACAAGAUGGAGAAGAGAAGAAAGGGAGAACAAACAAAAGCUGCUUUUUGUGCCUUUGCAGAGCAGAGAUAAGAAUAGAAUAAAGAAAAAAAAAUAGUUUUCAGUCCAGGCAAGGACAGGCACAAAAGUCAUGCAUCUAAGUUUAUUUUACCAUCCAUCCAUUUUCUACCAAUUAUCCCGUUGGGGAGUUGUGGGGGGGUUGGAGUCUAUUCCAGCAUCUUGGGGAGAAGGCAGGAGACACCCUGGACAAGUCGCCAGUUCAUCGCAUGGCUUACAUACAGAGAUUAACAACCAUCCAUGUUCACAAUCACACCUACAGGCAAUUUAAAAGUGACCAAUUAACCUCACCCCACUUCUGUUGGGGUUGGUGUGUUUUUAAGAUGUGGGGGGAAACUGGAGUACCUGGAGUAAACCCACGCAGACACAGGGAGAACAGGCAAACUCCUCACUAAAAUACCCUGACUCGGAUUCAAACCCAGGACCUUCUUUCUGUGAGGCAACAAUGCUCACCACUACACCACUGUCCAACCCUUGCUUAUUUUACAUUUUUGACAAAUUGUGCAUAAUUCUCAAGGUGGUAUCUUACCCUGUGUUUUUUGUUUGUUUGUUUGUUUUUAAAUCUUUUUACCUGUAAAAUAUUCGGAGAAGCAGAAAAAGCUGCAAAUAAGUUAUAGGUAGAAUAUUCGUGGACUGGAAAACAUAAAUAUACUGUAUGUUGACAAUUCAUCAGUACCUCUCAAUCCUGAACCUCCACCCUGGUUUCAGGGGAAAGGACCAAGACAGGUAUGAGUAACAUCAGCCAGUCUCAUAAGUGAUGUAUAAUGAGCCAAAAUCAACCAAAACGUAUAUUUUAGUUUAAGAGGGUUCUUAGGGCGUAACCUCCAAAACCAAAAUAUCAUGAGUUUUAUUUCUCUCAUCAGUACAUGGGGCAGAUCCAGACCUGAAUGGGGUUGCCCCAUCUGAGGCACUGACUAAUGCAGGGGCGGCAUGAAGUAUGUGUGAACAGCUCAAAAAGAAACAGCAUUUGUUCAGCCUUUCAUUCAUACACUCGGUGCAUCACUGCUAAAAUGUAAAAAUGUAGGUAUAUGCAUUUUUAGAUUUAUUCAAAGUAACAAAAAAAUAAAGCAACAUUUAUAUCAUAUUCAUCUAUUUUCUUAAAGAACCCCCAAAAAAGACGUUUUCCUAAAGUAGUAAUGCUGCUAUAAAAAACCAAGUGGGUGAGUGCUGCGUGGGGUUGGAGUAUCAGUGGAGGAUCAGGUGCUCUUCAGGAGGACGAGCAAUAUCUCAACAAGCAUGAGAGCAGUGACUUGUCUAUCAGGUGUUCAUAAAAGUCCACGGUAUGGAUGGUUAUCAAAGUUGGAGGUCUGAGGCACUCUAAUGAAGUUAAAAUCCUUUAUUUGGUUGGGAUAGUGUCGACGCGUUUUGACUCACCAGAGUUUUCGUGAGGACAUAAGAGAACAAAUUACAGACACCUGUUUAAGCGUAAAAAAGGUGGGUCAUGUGAUAUCACGUGACAGCGAGUCACCAAAGAGAGAAAAAACACAGAAUAAGCGUCACAAAACCAACCAACUUUCCAAAAACACUUUAAAAGUUACGACAAAGUGAAGCAAAAACACUUAAAACAUUAUUAAGGCAAAGCAAGGGCUCCCCAGCCCAUCACAGUAUCACUGAAAAAAAGAUCUGAGGAAAAAACUAUGGUGAUAACUAGUAAUGCUGCUACUUGCAACCUGCUGCAAACACAAAAACAAAGACUUAUCCAUUAAAGGUCACCAGAGAAAGUGUUCAGAGCACCAUAUUGGAAAAGCUGACGAAACAUAACUUUAUAUGUACCUCAAGAUCGAGCAAGUAGAGGAGAGGUCAGAGUUUGCCCUCCUAGCACAUCUACAGUGUCCCUACCUGAAUUUUAAUGAGUCACACCCCUGACUAUACAAAUCUACCCUUAACCCUUGGCCUUAGUGUAAUCUAAAUUCUUUACAAAAAAAAUAUAUACAUCCCAUACAGUGUGUAGAAACUGACAAAUAAUCAUCCGACUUAUUUGUUGUUAGCCAUAUGUAAUGUUUUACUUUUCUGUUGACAGAUGGGCAUCACCUGUGGGAGACAGAAGCCAAAGUUGACAAGGACUCCGUCAAAUCAGUAAGUGCGCAUCACUGACAUGACUGAAGUGUUUAAGUCCCGCCCUCCCUCUCCACUCUCUUCCUUCGUCUCCUCCUCCUCAUCUGUCCUGUAUAGUGAUGUAACCUUUGCUUAGGUAUUGCUUUAAGAUGAUUAGGGCCAUGCAAUCUUGAAUGGAAUUUUCACAAAAUCUCAUGGAGUAAACAGCAGCUGUCAUAUUGUUUUUGCACCUGAGCGACACACACACACACACACAAAUGCUAAAACUGAAGCAUAAACACCACAUAUACAUACACACACUCUCACCAAGGCACAGCUCUCCAAGCAUAGCCAGACGUUUAGUUCACAGUGAAGUGUUGUGGUUUGGUGAAAUGGACUUAAACACCUCGUCUGUGCCGGGCUCGUGCAGCCAAGAGUAGAUUACAGCCCCGCUCUUACCUGCUGCUUUUCAUGAGAGAAGUAAUGAGAAAAUAAACCAGUGUGCUCAUUUAAGUGACGUUGACUCACACAUUCAGAUUGUUAAUAUAAAACCGAGUGGAAGGGAACCGUCAAGAGAGGGAACGGAGCAAAUGUUGUUGUACGUGUCACAAAAGCCGGUUGUGCUCUGGAGUUAAUUAAGAUUUCUCUGAGGUUCGUUAAGUCUGCUUUCAUUGAGCAGAGUAAAGUAAAGAAUCUGCAAAAACCUGUUUACUUGUGCGUGAUGACUGUAUGUUUUGAAUUGCCGAUGCCUUUCAUCAGCGGUUAUAUGCCCUCCCCCCUCAUCCCCCUGUUUUUCGGGAAACUAACCAAGGCUGCACUUGCACAUGGUCGAAAAUAAACCGCGUACAUCAGAAUACUGCAACUUGAGGGUGUCUGUUUUUUUUCUUCUCCUUGUUGCUGCUGUUAUUUCACUCAGGUAAAUGACUUGGUUGCAUCAGGGGGGUAAAUAUGGAGUCUCAUGUCUAAUUGGCCUGUAAGGGUGGCUGAUGUGCAAUGGCUGAUGUCCCAGAUGCUGGAAAAUUAGCGGGCAUGGAAGGCUCGGUGGGGUCCGUUAGUGUGUGUGUGGGCGAGGUUGAUAUAAAAAAAACACAACAGCAGUGUGUUUAUGAGCAGAUCCAACUAACAAGUGGAAGAGAGCGGUGGCCUUGCUCUUUUGUCAGCUGCCUCCAGGCUGCCUUCAAUUGCUCCACCCUGCCUUCUUGACGGUGCUUUUAUCACCGUCCAGAGCAUGUUCACUUUCAUUGGUGAGGACAGAGAGAGAGAAGGCCAUGUGCACACACACACACUUUACACACUCAAUCAGCCACCUGCGUGUUUUCUUUGUCGUCAUCUGGAGUGCAGACCGGGGCCGAGGACGCAGACCCCUCACCUUCAGCCCUCCACCUCGCUGCUCGCAGUGAUGAGCAACAAAAACCUGCUUCCUGUCAGCGUGCCUUAUCAUGGCCUCCGCAAAUUAGACACAAACACUCAGACGAAUUUCCAACAAGUCCUCCUGUCAGAGAGUAAGCAGUCAAAAGUUCACAUCAGUCCAUACUUGCCUGGGUCUAGCCUAGGGGGGGACAUGCGAGCUGCUCCACAGGGAUGCGUGGCUGUGCAAACAAAUAAGCUGGCUACCUCUCGUGUUGUACGGGGACAAAGAUAAUGCCCUGGGGUUCUCCUUUGAGACAAACACGAGCACUGGACCAACCUCAUGGGUUCCACUCAUGUGUCUACACAGUCCAGACGAGCUCAUUUAGACCAGGUUCCAUUCCAGCCUCGAGCAAAACACCCUGAAUAUACACCAGCUGCAAAAUAAACACAGGUGUUGAUUAAUUUAUGACCAAGUAGACACGUAAAACUCUGUUGUUUGUCAUUCAGGUGACAUCCCUCACAUUAUGUUAUUUUUUUUCUUUCAGAGUACAAUCGUUGUGGAGAUCCCGCCAUACAGGAACCAGAGAAUAUCCAGUCCUGUGCAGGUGAACUUCUACGUCUGCAACGGCAAGAGGAAGAGGAGCCAAUAUCAACGCUUCACCUACCUGCCUCCCAAUGGUAAUCCUCCUCACAAACCACCUCGAUUACCUAUGACACUGAAAUAAACUUUAUACAAGCUGCACACUACCACACAGAGUAUUUCUCAACGUCUUGACAUCCAUCUACUUAAGUUUACUACAGCUAUCAAUAUGCCAUGUAAAAUUUUGACUAGUUUUUGGCCGGCGUUUUUGACAUUUUUACGCCUGGCACUACUUGGCCGCAGCCCGGGAGCGAGAGCAGAAGAUGUGAGGUGUGUUUAUUCUAUAGUGAGACCGCGUUCCCCAGCGAUGAGGUGUACCUGCUGAGUGACAGUGCCUCCGAGCGCUGUUUAUGAAGAAAAGUCAAUCCUCUGACGACCUGACUUUCACACCCCGCCUCUCACAAUGCCCCCACCCCGUUCACCCGCACACUUACAGAAUGAACGUAGAAACACUCCGCACAUGCACAUGCACAUGCACCCACCCGUGCAUCUACUAAGCAGAGCAUUGACCCUGUCAUUCAUGUAGCAACCUGAAAACUAAGGAAUACCUCGCUCCGAUGUGUGUUUAUCAUAUGUCCUUCGCCUCAGUGUUUAUAGACGGCUUUCACGCUGGAAUUUGAAGAAUGUAUCGCUGAGAGUUUAGUGAAGAGUUCAGCCUCAAAAUUAGAUUGUGAGCUAUUGACUUUUCACAAUGAGUGCAGGUGAAAUAUCAGCUUUGGUAUCACUUUCAACCGCCCGGCUACAAGACUUUAUUUUUAUCUUUAUGCACAGAGAGAGAGAGUUGACACAGCAUAUCUGCCGUAUGACUGGCUAAACAAUAAUUUACAGGACCUAUUUUUCUGGCACCACUUGCUGAAGACGGCUCAGUCAUGCUCAAAACUCCUGCAUAUCUUCCCUGCAGACUUUGUUGAACCACUUUAGGGAUUCCAACUAGCAACUCCCCAUUUUAAUAUCCUACCAUCCCCUCGUGAUGACCAGUGAGAUCCAUUAGAUCCAAACAAUGGUAUCUUAUUUUCAUUGAUCAGUGUCUAAUGGCUUUAAUGCUGCUGGGAUAGCGUACUUUGUGUUUUGAGUCCUUAGCUGUUAACUAGAUGUGACAUUUAGAUUAUCAGCAGAUGUAUUUAUGGCCGCAAGAGAUAAGUGAUUAGGAUUUUGGAAGAGGCUCUGAGAGAAAAGUAGAGCACUGCAGAGGCCCUAUUUGGAGAUGCUUGAUUAUAUGGGGAAGGAGUGCAUUAUGGGUAACUGGACCAGUGUUUGGGCUGACAAACUACGGCCAUAUAUAGCAUAUCCAUUUCAUAUACUGCAAGUUUACAAAUAAAAGACAGAGGGAGGAAGAGAGAGAGAGAGAGAGACAGAGAUGUGCUAUGCAUCUCAAAGUCAUUUCCCUGAGCAUAAACACGACUCUAAUUAAAAGAUGACUUGUUGUGUUCUUUCUUUCUCUGCCAAGUAAACCACAAGUGCAGUGUGGACCACACAAGAGGGGCCAAUGUCUCCUCUAAGGAUCAAAGUUAACUCACAAGGGUUAUAGCCAAAGAUCCAGAAAUCACAAGACUCAGGGUUCUACUUUAACAUUCGUCAUGCAUUUGAAGACACACAUUCAAACACAAAACACAUCAUUUUUCUCAUAAAUCACAAUCUCAGUUCCCUAAUUUCAUUGAAAAUAGUGAGAAGACAUAUAAACAUUUGAAACGAAAACAAAAUAAAAAUAAAAAAUAUAUAUAUAUAGUGAUGUGAAAAAAUAUUGUGAUGCCAACGUCAACCGUGACUAAAAAAAUGUUGUGUGAUGUUAAAAAAAACAACCUAGGGGAACGUUUUUGAGAUGAGAACAUUUAUUAGAUACAGGUUGGUAACAUGACUGAGUUUGAAAAGAACAUUCCAGAGAAGCUGAGUUUCUCAGAAGUGAAGAUGGGAGGAGGUUCACCACUCUGUGAGGAACAGUGUGAGCAUUUCAAAAUAAUCAUCAUCAGCACAAGAUUGCCUAGAAUUUGGGGACUUAACCAUCUACGGUUGAUCAUAUCUUGUGAAAUCUUUGCUUGAAAGAGACGAGGACAAAAAAAAACAACUCUAGAUGGUCGGGGUUGUAGGGCCCUAUUAGUGUCACUCUAUUAAAAACAGACACGACUCUGUAGUAGAAAUCACUAUAUUGGCAUAAAAUCACUUCCAGAAAUCAACAUCAUUGAUAUUGAUGGAUUGUGAAACCGUACCAUGCAAAGUCAUAACUAUAUAUUAACAUGAUCCACAAAUGCCAGAUUCUUCCCUGAACCUGAGCUUAUCUCAGAUAGACAGAGACAAGGAGAAAAUCUGUCUUGUAUGGAGCGUCAAUAUUUGACAUUGUUUUUUAAAAUCAUGGAUGCUGCAAGGAAGAGAAGGACCACCUAGAUUGCAUUAGCACAAAGUUCAAAGUUAGUUAGCAAGGGGAUACAAAGUGCCUAUUGCAUGGGUUAAGCACAACUAUUGCAACUUACACUGCCUUGAAGAUUACUUAUACCUGUACAGAGCCCUGCUAGGAUUAGUGGUAAUGCAACACAAUCAUUUUUACAGAUUGCAGUCCAAUACACAUCUGUUUUUAUCAAUAAUGUCUCAAACCAUCUGCAUUGUCCUUCCAUUUACAGCACAUCAUGUUAGAUCAGCAUGAUCUGCUGUAUCAGACGAGUUGCAAUCAGUGUUAAUAGCUGUGCAACUGAGUCCAUGUUGUAGCAUAAUGUGCAAUUGUAAACAUUUAAAAAUCAAUAUUUCUACACGUCAACAUCAACAAUACAUUUGUAUUUGCGGUCACCAGAGUGAGAUACUAGAUGCUACAAAGACCAAUCAGCCCUGACUGUUUCAUAAAGAAAAGAGCGUAAAGAUUAUAAUCAGUGUAAACAGACCCUCUGGGGUAAUGUUAUGACUGUAAUACAUUCAUGGUUUCAAUUCAGCAACAAAGAAUGAGGAAGCCCUAGUGAGGCUGUUUGCUUUUCAGGGUUUCAGUGUGUCAACACCGAGAGAAACAACUAUCACUGUGGCCAGGUACUCAGGGUGGGCUGGGGAGGAGAACACCCACACACACAAACACAUUCACACACACACACACACAUGCACACAUUGUUGUCAACACCUUUUUGCUGGCUUGUAUGAAAAGACUCUUCCGGCCUGCUGUCCCACUUCAAGCACAGUUGUGGUCACUGACGUUGUUUAGAGAGAACAUUUCUUUCACACUCUGCUGUCUGCUCGUCUAUAAAAGGCAAACCAAGCCCCUAAAAUAGCCUGACUUGUUUGAAACAGCGGAAGGAUGAAGCAAACACUCUCUGGGACACAGAUGCUCACGAAAACCACCUUUAUUUUCCACUCAGGUCAUGUGACUAUUUUGUUAUCUUUGACACUGAUGAAAGUGCAGUUAACACCUGCUGUGCAUGUUUACUAGUGUCUGCAUUUGAAGAACUAAAUAGAUUUUUUAAAAGGCAAGAUCUAUAGUAAUGCUUUUUUGCAGGUUUUUAUUUCUCUAAGCUUCAUUCUUUAUCUGAAUUUCAUCGAAGAAAACAGGGCACUGCUCUUGUGGCGACCCAACAUUUCUCCUGUUCCUGUAUGUGUCUGUCUUACUUAUGUCAGAACUGAAAUGGGAAUUUCCCCUUAUGGGUCUAAUAAAGAAAUAUCUCCUAAUAAAUAAAAUAACCAAAAGUGGCUAGAAUUGCUGAUGAACAUCUUAAAUUAUGCAGUAAUAUUCAGGAAUGAGUUCAAAAAGGGUUUGAGCCACCCCCUUUUCCACAUCUACAUUAGCCAUGUUAAAUAUGUAAGAAACCAGAGAGAACAAGUUUGGACACUUGGCCCUAUUGUGCACCCAACACAGAGCUUUUUGGUGUGCAGUGGAUGUGUAGUAACUGUUUUCUACCCAAUGUGGUUGUUGUUUUAAUGCCUAGUACCCAUGUUGUGUAAAUAGAAAAUUAAGUUGGACCCACAUUGGUGCACAUGGUUGUGUUGGCCUCGACCACACCUCGUGUGGUCAGGUGCGAAAGUUGCUGGUUGCUACCUGAGGAGGUGGUCAACAGCAGUACGUAAGGCCAAGAAAAGCCUGGGCGUGGUGCAGUACUUUUCUGUUAUUCAAAAAGAGCAUGACGUAGACAGCAUAUGGCCUUAAUAGUUUGUAAUAUGGAUUCUUCUACUUUAUACAUACACACAGAGGUGCACAGCAGUGCCCCCAUUUGUCCUCGUUUAUCAUUGUUUUGGAGGAGACAGUGAAAAAAGUGUUUUUUGGGACAGAGAGGCCAGUAUUUUUAGCCUUACUUUAGUUCUGUACCAACAUUCUGUAAGGGGCUGAUUUUGGGAUCCAAGAAGACGAGGACACCCUCAUUAUGAUUUUCUCACACACCUGUCUGGCCUCUACCCUGCACAGACCAAAAAGUACAGACCAAGACCUGUGAGAACCUUCACAGACAUACAGACCAAGACAAUUACCAGGUUCUACACCAUAUGCACUCUUAAAUACAUGCAAAAAAGACACAUGCACUCACACCUAGCUGUGGGGUAUAUUUCACAGUUCUCAAACAGCUGCUAACAGACCUGCUCACUAUAAAUGGCACUAACUAUCAUGCCAAUAGAUAUUCCAUUGUGCGGAAUACAGUCACAUGAUCCAACUUCUGGUCUUGUACCUAAAUGUACACAUCUCUGUCAAUUUUUAAGUUACACCAGUUUCCAUUGCAGCGACCUGUGUGCAUUUAUUGUGUUUUACAUUCACUUUUAAUCAUUUAAGAAGGGCCCAAAAUACCCCCUAGUCAAAUUGAGUGAUGAGCUUUCGACUGAAACUGACAUAGAGGUUGUCUGUUCAAAAGAAAGAAAGGGCCAUGUCAAAAACGAUAUAAAUUCCAGCCUAUAAUGUCCGGGUUUUAUUUAGUUACUGAAUGUACAGUAAGGCUGCCUGCAGCCAAUGGAUCAAGCUGACAUCUGCUGUUGAGAUAUACCAUCAGCAGCAUUUGUGGUUUGCUUGUCAAGCCUAAGUGCCUGUCUGGGAUGUUGAGAUGUACAUACAGAACAAAUGUCCAUGUCUGGCUCCUCCAAUGACUCUCUCUUUUCCAAGUUCUCGUCCAGUCAUUCUUGCGUGAGAGGGGACGUGACGUGUUGCUCUGCAAAUAAGAAACAGUUUUACCAACCACAUGAAACAACAAAAGCCAAAAAAAGUGCUGGCAGUGACCGAAGCGAGAACGAAGAACUUCUCGGAACCCCUUUAUUUUUACAGGCCGUUUGGAGAUUCCUCAGUAAUAUCAAGUUCUAUUCUUAACGCAAACGGGUGCCCGCUCCCCCCUCUGCAUUGGUUUGUGGUUGGAUUUGGAGAGGGGCGAGUCAGAAACAUGUUCUCUGACACAUAUAGGAAAAGUUGACGAACCUCACAUUGUUCUUUUUUUUUCUAAAUAUUUGAAUAGUCAUGUUUUUUUUUUUCCAAAAGCUGGACAAAGACUUGGCUGCUUCUGUCAUGUCUUCAACACUGGGUUCUGCCAGCUCAACGGUGUACUGGGUGACCAGAUUGCCUACACAGUGGGACAUAGUGCACCAGGUACAUCUGAGUUAAUGAACCACCACCUGCUCCAUGUUAAAUGUCAGUGCAGAUUCGUGCUGGUAGGAGAAGUGGACUCAACCUUUCUACAGCAAGAAAAUCUAUGAUAUUUUACUGGUAGCAUGGUAAUAUCAUAUCCCAACCACUGAUGAUUGGAUAUACGGAUCAGAAACUCUUUGAUCCCCAUGUCAUUACUGCUCAAAGGGUCUUAUUUUUACAUCUACAUAAGCUCCAUUUACUUUCCCUUCCUGAUGAAAUAUGUUGAUACAGACAUACACACAGAUGUCUCUUUUCUCAUCCUACUCAGAGGAAACAAUUGCUCAAUGAAAUACCCAGAUCAGGCUUGAUCAGUUUAAUAUGAGCAGACAGAGGGGAAACUGCCAGGGAUGGAGAGAAAACCAUAUGCAGAACAUCAACUGUCUCUGGGCCGUAACCCACAGGUUGGGAGGAAAUAAAAGCCAGCUGAAGUUAGGACUUGCCUGGUGAAUCUGUUUUCUCACUACACAUAGAAAUUGGAGAGGAGAGACACAUAUGGAUCAAGCUGGAGGGGGACCACUGUGGCAGAGGAAGAAUAUCCAAGAAAAGUUUGUGACUUUAAAGAAAGAUCAUUAGUUAAACGUUGGGUUUCUUUUUGCCAGUCUUGCUCAUAGCCGGAGGAAAAACGGUUUCAAAAGUACACCUGACCCUUCCAACUGGAUAACAAAGUUUGCCUAUGAAGGAUUACAGUACCCCAUCACGUCUGAGCUACUGCUGAUUCAUCCUGUUUCCUGAAUUAAGCCCUCAUGUUGGUUGGUCAGAGACAGGAAAAUCUUGUGACUUGUAACAUUAGAUUUGGUGAACUCAAACAAGGGACAUCCAGAGAAAGCCACAAUUAGAAACAAUUUUCCAUUUAUACCCUUUUUGGGGAUCUUUAGUAUAAUUCAUUACCAACCAGCAUGGCUGGUAAAGAUCAAUGUGCUUUGCUUGGUUAAGACUCAUUUUUUCAUUAUCUUCUUGGAACAUCCAAACCCUCAAACCGUGGCCUUUUCCAGCCUUUUACUUAGCUGCCUCAGUGAUAUAUUAAACACAUAUUGAGGAUGUCAUUUGUGGACCCAUUAAUGCCGACCAUAAUUCAAUGUCGCGGCUCUAUUUAACAUGAUUUUUUACGGUAAAAGGUCAAAUGUACAUUUGAAAAAGGCAGCUGAUGAUUUGGGAAAAUGAUCGAAUUGUUCAAGUCAUUUCCACAUGACACGUCUGGUUCCAUUACACUGAGCCAUCCAUUCACACUUAGGAGAGGGAAGAAGGGAGGAAGAGAGUCACUGAGGGAGAUGACUGGAUGUUAUGAGUGCACCAUGUGCCCUACAUGUUAUUCCCCAGGCUGUGGAGAGAGGCCUGGGACUAACCUUACGACGCUCCUCCAGACACCAGGCCUGGUCCCUGGGUUCUGAAAACAGACAAGGCUGACGUAAAUGUGUUCCCUGCUCUGCGAUAUCACUGCAUCGUAGCUCGGCACUCCAGAGGCAUCCAUUUCUUUUCAGUCUUACUUCCACAAAAGUAAUUACACAAUGAAGAACAUCCUGGGUUUCAUAUUACAAACAGACUUCAGGCUUUAAAGCUUUUAUUUACAGUCUCAGCUUUAACCUGAACUGAAAGGUUCUUUGAAAAUGUAAACAUAGUUAAGACAGACAUCUUGUUCAUAUUGACAUGUGUACGCCUUUGAGUAAAUGUCACUUGGGGUAAGUUUAGCCAGAAACUCUUAAUGGUUGGCAUCAAACGCUCACCACACCCAUUAACACGUUUUAACAAUGUGUAGAAAUAGAAACAGUGUGCCCAUUGUGACUCAGAAGCCUUUGCUGUGCAUCUGGGUGUCUUAACACUGCCCUGUUAGUCUCUGUGCUGGCACCGAAAGAACACAUGUGCUAUUGUAAAAACGUAGCUGUAAGUUUUUCAUUAUGGAUUCAUCUCCAUCUCUUGACCCUGGCCAUGUACAACCCUAUUCAAUAAAAAAAAUAAAGUGACUCUGUAUGAAAUGUUUAUAAAACAGAUUUUGAAAAUCCUUUAAACUUUUUCACAUUUGAAAUAGUGCAAAAUCAACAUAUCGGUUGCAUCAUCUCUCUUUAACUACAAUCUUCUCUUUUCUCUCUUUAAAAACUGCGGAGGCCAAUUUCUCAAGUUUGGAAAGGAAAUGUCUCAGUCCAACUUUUCUGUUUUACUUCUUUUUUUUUUUUCAGUUUUUAAACUUGUAAGGAAGAGUUUGAACCUGCAAUUGUAGAUGCAGCAACCAAAUUUGAUCGCACAAGAUAGCUUUUAGGAAUUCUUUUUGAGCCUAAGUGGUCAAUUUCACUACAGUCAUUUCUUUAAGUUGCAUCACAAGGUCCUAAACAUCAUAUGAAUACAGUGAACAUUGUGCAGAAGUAGAUGAUGAAAUCCCCAAUUUCUCGCAGUUUUAUUCUGAGGGACAUUCUUACCUGAAAUUGUUGAACUUUUUGCUCACACAGUCUCUCACAAAGUGAUGUACCUCAAGUUAUCUUUGUCUCUGAGAGACCUGGCUUCUCGGGUGUGACCUUUAAAUCAACCUUUUUGUCAGGAGAUAGAUUUAGUUUUUACAGACUUUUACUGGUUUGUAAUCCCUGUCCCAACUUUUUAAAAACGUAUUGCUUGCGACAAAUCUAAAAUGAGCACAUCUUUUUCCUCAACACAAUGGAAUUUGUCAAUGUCAGCAUUUGACUUGUUUUCUUUGCACUUAUUUCAACAUUUUUACAGUGGCUUUUCGACUUCUUCUUCUGUUUUGAAAAUUUCACUUCACAGCAAGUUGUUUUGAUUAAUUUAUCCCGACAACAAACAGGAAGCAAAUGAUACCUGUCAGUCAGGGCUAAUCAGGAAACAGUGCAGACACUCUGCCCUGGAUUAGAAACUAAAAGAGCAGCAAGAUGAUCAAGUGGGGUCACAGCACUCUCCUGCAUUAGCUGAGGCCCGAAGCUCCUGAAACCACAGGAGCAGCUCUACAGCCUCUUAAGGAGCUCAGGCGGCCUAAUCAAAAUCAAAUCAUCUCCUUUUUUUCAAUCUCCCCCACUAUCUUUUGGUCCUGAGAGAAACAAUUAUUUCUGCAGUGUGGAGGAAACCUCGGGGUCCUAGAGCAGCAGCAGCAACAGCAGCAGCCCAGCACUUGAAAGUAGUCUUUUAUUGCAUAUCAGAGCUGGAGGAUAGUCCAAAGAAAAUAGGUCUUAUUCAUUAUUAGAGCCAGCUGUGGCUUUCCACACUGAUGACUCAUCCAUUUUUCUUUCCCCCCUAUUCUUUUGCUUUUUUCAUGGUGUGGUAAAGAGGGGUGGGAGGCCUGAGGGUUUUUCUGUUAGAGAGCUCAGCCAAGUUGACACAGCGCCCAAAUCCACUGGUGGUUGUUUGUUUGGAUUACGGAGGGUAUCGCUGCCUCAAUUAUGCCUGCUCACUGCUUUACUCAGCCUGACUCGUGCAUUCAUUGAGCCACGUGGAUCCCCUGCACGUUUUUUAAUAUCUGCACCUUUCUUUCCACUUUUUUUCCCCCCCAGUGCCGAUAAUAAAGACAGAACCCAGUGAUGAAUAUGAUUCCCUGGGAACUGCAAGACUGCCAAUGCAUUCAAAGCCCUAUUACAACCAGCCCAGGAUCACUCCCAUCAUGCCUGUUGCUGAUCCUGAUGCCUGUUUGGUUGGUGGUUACCCUUCCUGCCCGCCCCGCCAUGCUGCCAUGCCAUCACCAUCUCCCAGCUCCAGUCCAACCCUGCAUGACCUGUCCCCUGUGGUGUACACCAAGUGCCUCCCUAACAGCCCGACCCAUGCAGCGCCACCAGGCUCUAUGGUAACCCCAAUCCAAGAGACCCCUGGCUGUCCAAGCAUUGGCCACUCGGCAUCACCAGACCACAACACUUCCCUUGGUAUGCUGCAUUCCCAGGGUAGUCCCAACCACCUCAACAGUCCUCAUGGUUACCAUCCAAUCUAUGCCAACAGCAGCCCCUCAUCCUCCCCAGUAUCCCACCCAUCCACCCCAGGUGCAACAGCGGAGAGCCCAUUCGUUCAGGCCUACAGCCCCAGUCAGGCCCAGGCAGCAGCCAGCUCACCAAGCCUGUUACCCGAGGAUGCCAGUCCCCCUUCCAUGGCCGUCACCAUCAAACAGGAACCCCAGGAACUGGACCAGGUGUACCUAGAUGAUGGUGAGUUCUCAGAAACUAUGUGUACUUGUAAUCUCUACAGGCUUCCAUUUGAUAGUCAUUCCAAUAGGAGGCUUUUGUUUUCUAGAUGAGAAUUCCUAUUAUAAGCUCUUUGUCCAAGCCAAAAGUAGCUGUUUAUGUAGCACAUCACAUUUUUUAACACCUUUUGCUUAUCUGAAAACCCCCACAUGCAGCCGCACCCAGCUGCACCUCUCAGUAUUUCCUGAUGGAACCGUGACAGCAGAUCUACGUCAGAUUGGUAUAAUUUUAGACCCAGAACAUUUAUUUGCUUUUCACUGUAACAUGCCAACCGGCUCAUGUUGUCCAAUUGGCUGCCUCACUUGAAAACAGUAAAUUGCCUUGAUGGGGUUUUGAAACAAUCUGUCAAAACAUCAGAGUGCUGAGGUCAGGCGGGGUGCAGCAGAACAAAAACAGUGGCACACGCGUAGCCAACCAAACUGUUGAUACAAGGACUAAUGAAGGAAGCAAAACAAUGGGUAGGGGUUUCCUGAACAGAACCAGUUUUCCCCCAUAUUUCUGGGAGGGAUGCUGAGAGGACGGAGGCAGAGGCUUUGUUUUCCCGUCUUUUCCCCAUGGAGUCGACACCAUGCGGCUGUCGUCAUCAGGGGAGGCUUGGGGUCACCAGUCUCCCUCUGGCAAUGAUACCAGUCACACCCGAGAGACCAUAUGGUCGAGUUUAUUACCUCCUGUGUCCGUCACACAUUAUAUCUCUCAGGUCACCAACCUGUUAUCUGUGUUAACAGAGGCUCCACUUGUUGUUAUGAUAUACAUUCACAGUACACAUCAGUGGCAUGGUGCCAGGUUGAGAUGUUAAAAUCCCCCCUCUCCUGCCCCUGUAUCCAGAGGGAGGUGGGGGAAGACAACUCCACAUAGAUUAUCUCCCUUCCUGUUCACUUUUUUGUUCUGUUCGCUGAUAGAGUGCAUGUGCAUACAUAUGUCUGUGUGUGUGUGUGCGUGUGUGUGUUUGUGUAUGUUCUUGUGUUCAUGUAAGUGUGUGUGCAAACUUCACUCAACAGCUUUGGGAGUAGAAGGGUGUAGGCAUGAGGGGACCUGGGGAGUUUCGCUGUGGAACUGUAAUUGAGUUGAAAUGUAGUUGUCAGCAUAUCUGUCAGUCCUGAUGAGUCCCAUUAGUCCUUAGCUCAUAAACACACAACACAGAGAAGGGGUAUGUCUGUCUGUUAUCAGCUCUGUAAACUGAAAAUCAGCUUAGCAGUUUCCCUUCUACUGUUUCUCAAGUGUUUCUUCCCUCCUUUCUUUUCUCUAAGAUGUGAAGAAAAUCUGAUCAAAAACAAAACUUCUCAGGUGAAAGUUCUUCCAGUCUGCCAUAGCUUUAGUACAAUCCUAGGAUCAAAAAAAGGUUGGAACUCUGUGUUAAAUGUUAACAAAAUCAGAAUUUGUGGUGGAAAGAUGACAUGGCAUGAUAAAAAGAUUGUUUUAGUUCAAUAGGUAAGUAAGUAUGACCUAUAGGGUACUUAUUUUUAAUUCAAUGCCAGUGACACAUGUUAAAGAAGUGAGGACAGGAGUAUAUUCUCAGCAUGCUGUUGCAUCAUCUUUUGUCACAUCACCACUGCAGGCAGGCCGUUUUACCACCCACACUUCUCGAUUGUAUGGAGCCAUGUUAUUGUGAUAUGAACAGAAUGUAGUUUAGCAUUAUUUUGCGGAAGUAUGCAGUCUUCCCUGAAAAAGUUAUUGUCUGGAUGGCAGCAUAUAACUUAGAAAACUGUUAAAAUUGCUCAACAUUAACGGAGCCUUCACAGAUGUGUAGGCUGCCCAUGCCACAAGCACUUACGCAACCCCAUACCAUUAGGGCUGAGCUGUGCAGUGAAAACAAGCUAGGCAGUCCCUCUUCUCUGUGUAGAGACAAAUUUUGAUGGAUCAGACCAUUGGAUAUUUUCCCACCUUGCCAAAUUUAAGUCUCCCAGACUACGGUUUUCGGAGGUAUUUUUUUAGCCCAUGCCGCGAUUUCCACUACAGAGUUGUGACUAUUUAUUAAGCAGUGUUUCCUGAUGAGCCAAAGAUCAUGGCCAUCUAGUAUUGGUUUCCAGUCUUUUACUGUGGAUAAUAAAAUCACAUUUUUUAUUAGGAACAUUAAGCUUUGAUUGUUGAACUCACAGCCUCUCACAGAAUGAUGACACUCUCCUUAUCUUUUCCUUUGAUAGACAAGGUCCCUCUUAAAUACCUUUCUGCUUAACCCACCCACUUGCUAGCUGCAAACCAACCUGCUUGGAUGUCAAAUGUCCCUUUAUGUUUAUUUAUUUAUUUAUGCAGCAUUUCACAUCUUCUCCAGUUUUGUUGUCCUCCGACUCUCUCAAAUGAAUAUAGGGUUUCAAGGAACUUCAGAGUAUCUGUUUUUUUUUCUCGGAAUUGGGGUUGUAAAAGAAGUUUUACUUCAGCAUUUAUUGAAUCAAAUGAAACUCUAGCUUAAUUUAACAUUUGGUAAUAAGGUUAGAAAGGGAUCCUUUUACACCAGCAGUAUAAAAAUAUACCAAAUGUACAAAGCAGUGCGAAGGGGAAAUGGUGUAACCUUGUUUCUCUUACCCACUACUCCAUCCGUUGUCACUUUAGGAGGCUCGAUCUCUCACCAACAAGGUGGCCAAAUGUAUUCAUCCAGUGAUUACAGCUGCAUUAGGGACGCACAGGAAUGCGUAUUGAUUGACCUAGGACAGUGAGGCAGCCCCUUGAAAAACCUCAAUGUGCUGCCGUUUUGCAUCACCUAACGUCUGUGCGAGCCUCUGUGGUGAGCUCCUGGAGUCCCUGUAAGUGUGCGGUGGUAACAGCAUACUCCAAAGGCAUCUACUGCUCCCGGGCCCGGCCCAGUCCCAAACCCCUCAAAUGAGCCCUAAGCUAAAAUAAAUAAGAUCGGAAGGCGGCUCACAGGGCGUCCCGCUCCCUGUCUGCACGCAUUACCACCGUACGUUAGCGAGCUGAGCGCUCCAUUAGAGAGGGAAGACAAGCGGAUGACCUCAUCGCGGCAGCAGUGAUUUAACGCCAACCAUGCGGAGUAGCGUUCCUCCCCAGCAAUUGGGGGCCUGUGAUUUGGAGUCUGUGGGAGCACACUUGAUCUUCCCCAAGAGUGGAGCGCCUCCUACGCUUGAACGCUGAGGCCUCCAGCUCCCAUCAACCUGAGGAAAUGUGUCUCUGUGGCUAGGCCUAGGUUUUACGCAGCCCCUGAGAAAUCACUCAACUUAUCAACGGUGAGCUACUGUACCGCGAGGAGCUUGGUUCAUAUGAAGGGAGCCUGAGCUGUAAACCCUCAUGGCUGCCAUUCAAACACUCUCCAUUGUAAUCUGCUAAACUCUUCCCUCUGCUGUGAUAGAAGUGUACUAACUACAAUCGGAGACAUCUGAGCUGAAUAUUCUUGAGUCUGCAAAGAGGAGAACAACCCAGGCCGCAGCCAGAUCUUUAUAAGAUCUGAUUCUGUAGCAUCUUGAUUCUCACCUGCUUUACUCUCACUUCUCACAGCUGGACAGAAGUAUCAGAUCGGCACAUUUAGAAGAUGAAACAUCCAUUGCUGGAAGAGUUGGUCCAUUGUUGAGUCACUGCUGUAAACAAGCACAUGGUGGGAUUCACAUAAAACAAAGUUUUCAGACAUGUGGUGCUCACUCACAGACCACUGUACUUUACAAGACGUGAGUGUGAGAAAAAAGGCAGUCGGAUGACUUCAGUGUAUACAAGAAUAGAGUUUAUGAAAAACAUGCUCUGAAGCGUUUACUUUUGGCUUGAACUAAUAAGCCCCCAAAAAAGAAAUGUGUAAAUGACAACAUGCUUUGUCACAUGUCUGAACUCGAAUGACAUCAUCCCCCUUUUGUUUCAAAUAACAGGUCACACGUGUCAGUCCUCGUACACAAGCAAACACCCACAAUCUUUGACUUUAACCCAUUAGCGCCCAGAUUUUUUGUCAUGCUUAUAUGUACCUAUCAUUCUAAGGCUCAUAAGUUUUGCAUGUAAUUCCUCAAUUUUUCUAGAAAAAUUGUACGUGAAUGAGUGAAAACUGAUAAUAAUAAUAAUAAUAAAAUCUAAGAUGAUGAUGAUGAUAAUGAUAACAACAAUAACAAAAAUAACCAAAACAACAACAACAAUAUAAUAAUAAUAAUAAUAAUUAUUAUUAUUAUUAUUAUUAUUAUUAUUAUUUAAAAAAUAAUAAUUUUACUUUCGUAACAUAGCAAAAUAUAAUCUUGUUACCUGUAUUUUAAAAUAUGUAUAUAUUUUCUUUUGUUUAUGUUGUAAUUGCCUUUUCUGAAAGGGGCUGUUGUUCUCACUUCCUCUGUAAAGUGGAUCAGCAACUCCAUUUGUUCAUGUGACAGAAAGUUCAUGGGAACUUUUUUUUUUUUUUUUUCUGUCCACCAAAGUGCCGUUGAUGUAUAAAACAAUAUAUAAAACAAGUAAUACAGAAAUAUAUACAUUUCAAAUAACAAUCCUACAGUUGGGCAGUAGUAGUUUCUACUGGGCUUAAAUGGGUUAAACAAUAACAAAAGUAUGUUGCCCAUACUGCUUAUUGCACGCCUUGGGCUUGGACCCCUUUUCCUGCCAUUUUUGCUGUGGUUGUGUGCAGGUGUGUGUACAUCAAGAAAUCUAUACUAGCCAAGCUGUGGCGAGGUGUGUGUUCCUGUAGGGCUGCUGCUGUCUGUCCUGUCUCAUUAGCUGCUGCUGUGAUGGGUGAUAUCAUGAAAUGCAGAUGAAUGCAGCACACAGCAAAGAAACUGGUGCUAAUCAGAGAGCCAGAUUUCUACCAGCUGCCUCUCUGCUAAACAGAGGGUCUUUAUCCUCCAACAUAAGCAAAGGACUAAGUGCAACGCAGCCUCUGCCGAUUCCUGACAUUUGACAUAUGUGCUCUGAUUGCCUCGUGUUGCAGAGUAGUUUCCCUUGUGAUUGUUUCCUCUGUAAUUCAAGGUUUGUGCAUUUGAGACUCCUGGACUUGUUUUCUCAAACUGAAAACAGAGUUGUUGUCAGUCCUCUUUCCCUCCUUUCCUCCCUGUGGUCAGAAAAAAAAAAAAAAAAGCAUACUAACCUUCCUGAGGAUCUCCGUCCGCCACCAAAAUCUGAAGGCAACUCCAGGCUUUCCUCAUGGAAACUUUUACACAUCCUGGCAAGCUGCCCAGACCCCAGGACUCCACAAAACCCCUAAUGAUGAUUGAGAGUGCGUCCGCACCGCGCUGAAAAACAUGCUGAGUCGCUAACAUUGGAGUGUGCCGCAAGGCUGGCUCUGGGAUCGGAGGGGGGCAGAAGAGGGAGAGGAUUUAGGGGGGUUAAGGGUGUUCAUUAAAGUGUCUAAUGGGACUCACUAAAGCAGAGCUGCUCCUGUAUGUUUAGACAGUACGUGUAUAUGUGUGUGUGGGUAGAGUCAGAGAGAUGUGAAAGCACUGUAAGAGUCAGCGACAGCCUGGGCUUUCACAUCACUCCACCUCUGACCUGCUGGCCUUUUGGGAGCAGGUCAGUAUCUAGCUAAUAGUGCAAAGAACAAGAGGCUGUCAUGUGGUUAAGUGCAAUGUCAAGAACGCAGUCUCCUCCUAGAUGUAGUGAUAUUGACAGGUGCAAGAAGAAGGGUGAUGGCUUCUCUAUUAUUUAUGAAUGCAAAGAGGAAGUGGAUUUACAUUUAUAUUCUUGUUGUCCCGGCCGUAUUCUCAUCCAAGCAUACCUCUUUUCCUGGCAGGUUUUGAUUUGUAGAAGUAUGAAAUAAAGUUUGGGAUUCAUGGAGAAUUUCAUAGUGAUACUAAAAAAAUUUAACUAAUAAGUGGCUGCCAUCCAGGUUUGGAGUUAUGACCACAAAGCUGGGGAUCAGCAGCUACUCAUGUGGGAUCAGCAAUAGUUUAGAUUUGAAUUGUCUUAUUAGAAUAAAUAUCCAUAAAUUUAAAAGUGCAAACUGAAAUAGUUUUGUUGUGAGAGAACAGUGACAAAUUAAAAUCAUUACAUGUCUUUUGAAACUGAUUUAAGAGGAUCAAAUUUCAUCAGUAUUACAUCAGAUUUUGUAAAAACUUGUUUGUUUUCCUGGCAGUUAUGGCAGCAGGCUCUUUUACCACGCAUUUUCAUCACCAAGAAUGUGACAUUAUUAAACACAUUCAACUGAUUCUGCUCAGAGAAUCUGAAGGCUGAGUUGUGUUACUCUGAUCUACUCCGCAGCAUGAGCUAAACUCAAGCAGACGGCCUUCACUGUUAAAAAAAUUAAGCCAGUCAAGAGACAGUCAAGUUUCCACUCGAGGCUGGCUGCAGAAACUUAAAAAAUCUUCAUUAGGUUUUAUAUUUAAAUGCUAAUUUACUACAACAACAUUGAAAACAAAUACAGCCUGGUUAAAAAUGAAUUAUUUGGGUGUAAAGCUUAUUCAUGUCUGUGUAGGCGACUUUUUUGAAAAUGCUGCCAUUUAGAUGAUAUAAAAGCGAGGAGUUAGGAGUAAAAAUCUGUUAAAUGAUAACUGACAAACAGGUUGAAAGCCCGCCUCAGUAGUAGUCCUCUUUAUUACCAUCACACUCACUGUCUCAUGUAAUCUGUGUCCCUCUGGCUGAACAAGAGAGCCUGAAGAUCCCUGUUUGUGAUCAAUUUAUUCCGAUGAAACUAAAGUACAGGCACUGCUGUCCCAAUUGCUUCCAGUUUGGCAAAUAAUUGGUCGUAAGUGUUUUCAUAUGACUGGCAAUUGGGUCAGGGUAUUAGUGCUUUGAUUUGGAGCUUUUUUAAUACAAUCGUAGAGAAAUUUAUUAGUUUUGAUAAGUGCAGCAAGAUGAAUCGGUGAGAAUUCAAUCCAUUCAUUACUGCAGCGCACCAGCUUUUAUGUGUGCAUGUGCGAGCCAGAGGUUCUGGUCUGGUUUCAGUCGCUCCGUCAUAAUAUCCACAGUCACUGAGAAAGAAUGUGUCUGCUGAAAAACUGCCGCUAAAUUAUCUAAACAAAUUGGGUUUCCUUUGUGUCUGGGGUCUGAUACACGCACAUGUGUAGCUGCAAGACUUUGAAUCAGAUUUUUAAUGAGUUUGCUUUGCUCAGUCCUCAGAAAUGUGUGCUGCAGAGCUGCUACUGUAGAUAAUGUGUAUUAGUUCAUUUCUUUUUUCACUGCAGUGCAGAAAGUGGACUCAGUGUGCACAGUUUCUAUCGGAGUCAUUGAUCUGCGAUUUAAGGGAAAAUAAACUUCAGUUAAAUUUACAAUCAAAUAGCACAGUGAAGCCACAAAGUACAUGCUUUCUUCCCCCAGACAAGGCCUCUUCAUUAAAGCUAUAGUCCCUCUGCUCACCAUACGUCAUGUAUUUCUUACAGUUUCUCCUGAUGCAGCAGUUUGCAGGCUCGGUUUAUGUGGCUCACAUUCUGAGGUUUAGGAAACACGCGUUGAAAAGCCACCGAGCCACACGGAUCACAGCAGGUCAGGACUCAGACAGGGCCUGUGGCUUGGCUUUAGCUUUCCUGUGUACAUCUGUGAUUAUGGAGCUACCACCUCACGCCAGACACGCUCAUUACUGAAUCAUCAUGGGCCAUAUGUCAGCGGUGUUGACUGCUCUGACAGGAUGAUCACUAAGAGUCUGAUUUCUUACAAAGCUUUGACAAAGAUAUCUUUGCCUUGGUGAUAGUUGGUGACAGGUCUUUGUGGCAUCUGCAGGGACUGAGGUCCCUCCUGUCUUUCAGAGUUGAUUGGAUGACUUUGAGCUGCUGUCUCGUGUCAAAAAUCUCCUGAAGGACCGCAAAAGCUGCACCAAUACCAUAAAAUUAUGUUCCUGUAAGGAGAUAACCGAUUUUUCUGCAAACACUACAAACACUGCAGAGUUAGAGAAACCAUAAAUCUGAAAUGAAUCUUGGAUGUUUCCCGCUGGCAUUGAAAAUGUGACCACAUGGAAAACUCAUACACUCCAGCACACAUUCAAAACACCAAACAAGCACACAAGAUUUGCAGGAAGACAUGGUUUUCUCCUUUUAGUAUGCUGAAAAAAGGGGGUAUCAGGGGUCAGGAUAAGCCUUUGGACAUCCUAUCUGGAGCUUGUGGGGUGCUUUACUCGAGAACACUUAAAUAGUCACAGACAGUUAAAUGUGGUUCGAAUAACAUAAUAACCACGCUGAGAGACCAGCUCUCUGCCAGCUGCAUUGUUUUGGGGAUGUAAACACGGGCGUCAUCAGUAAACAGAAGCAGGUCUCUGUCCCAGAAUACUUAAUAGCAGCUUCCCAUCUGAAAUCUGUUAGCCCAGUGAAAUACUAUCCUGUAGCGACGGAUGUCAGCAGAGGAGUCUGAUCAUGCCGAGCGGGAUAGGGUAAGCUGUUGGGUUUUGCAACUCUUGGCAAAGUUUGUUGUUUCUUCUGUAAAAGAAGGUAAAAGAAAGAAAGAGGCGGGGAAGCAAAGAUAAAAAGUAUAAGAGAGAGAGUAAAAUACAGAUAGAGAUAUGAACUUAGAAAGAGUGAGAGUCCCAGGAGAAACUGACACAAAACUAUAAACGUAACGCAGAUGUCUCCUGUUUAAGUGUGACAGUCCACUGACAACAUAAAAUGCGACUGUAGGGACAGUGAAUCAGUCUGAAGUUAUUAAGAUCAUGUCAUCCUCAAUCGAUCACUUUUCAAAAACAAUCUUUUUUUUAAAAGCGUCCAUCGCCUUUUUUAGUUCCACAUCCGCGGUCGCAGCUCAUUGGCCUAAAUAAAAAGGGACAGCCACAAGUCAUGAGACUUAUUUUAGUGCUUUGAGAUUUUGGGGUCAGGAGAUUCUCUUCAUGUCCUCACAUCCAGGAAUAUUCAGCGAGCAUGAGAAAAAGCAGGUCAGCCAUAGAAAUGAAGGAGACACAGACAGACAGAUAGACUUAGAGAAAGAGAGGAAAAUCUGAGGUGGAAGAAAGUAGCAUGCAAUCUUGGUGAUUUUCCCUGGCAGCUUCUCUCACUGCCCCUGUUCUUCUCUCUCUCUCACACACACACACACACACACGCACACACAGGGACACUCUGUGCGCCUUCUGCAGCCUAAACUGUUAAAACUUAAACACUAAAAGUCAAAGGAAGAUAAACACUGGCAGAGUUAAAGAUCACGUUUUCUUCUUCUCCCACAAGCGGCCGCUCGCCGUGCAGAGACUAACCGAGCAGCGGGUGAAUGGGUUUACGUUUGGGGAGGGAAUGAACCACUGAACUGUAAGUGUCCUCCUGUUGACAUACGACCCAUGGCUGUUAUAAACCUCAACGGGUCCCCCGACCCUGCUGAUUGUUCUCAGCUGAUCUUAAAUCCUCUCAGAACAACAAACUAACAAAUAGAGAAAACAUUAAAUGCUCACUAAGCCUUUUUUUAUAGCGGGAUAAAAUGAUGAAAGUGGACUCAAACCACAAAUUAACAUCUGUUCCUCAAGACAGGCCAGGGUGCUUUAACCAAGACUGUGUUUGGCAUCCUUUAGGUUAGUUUAGCUCAUUCGUGAAGCAGCUGAUGUUCACAUUGAUGACUGCAGUAAAUCCACACCUCUUUCUUUUGUUUAUAAUACAUUCUUAUAUUUGAAUGAGAAUGUACCAGGAUGUUUUUAGUAUUAACUGAAUUAUUAAUUCACAUUUAUAGCCAUAUCCAUAUCCAACUGUUACAGAUUAAGAGGAGCAGUUUUAUUUCCACACUUAGGAUAGUUAUGUCAUUUGUGUUUUUGGUGUCAUUAUUCAGAGAAUGGGACAGUAGAUUGAGUUUGGAACCAUGAAGUGAUCAUGAGAGGUGACUUGCCAAUAGCCAAGCGUUGGUUUAGACCUAGACUGCUUUCAUAAAGGACCAUAGCCUCUGCGCAUGGGGGGAUGUGGUUUAACCACAGAGCUGAACCAGCACCCCAUUCUGCAUGAGGGUCAACGCAGUUAUAAACAGCUCUUAAAGGCACAGAGCAGUAUUAAGAGGUAAAUAACAGAAAAUACCAGAAGUAAUAUGUUCAUAAGUGUGUUUAAUUUUGUUUUAUUAGAUUAGAUGAGCCUUAUAUAUUGGCAGGACUCCGCCUGGUACAGCUGAGUUUCUACAGUAGCACAACAUGGACAAACUACUAACAUUUGCUUGUUGGUUUGACGUGCAAAAUGUUUUGGUUGGAAGACAAAGAAAAAUAAGAAAAGUGUGGCUAUUACUUGAGGUGUAAUCUUGGCUAAUAUAUGAUUUUACUUGUCAUGUAUCAAAUGAGGUUUUUGUCCUAACAGGCCACCGUUGCUUCAUCAAUAGGAGGGGUGAGCAAGGGAGCAUUUCAGUCUAGAAACUGAUUGAUGGAGUUCACUAAAUUAUUUCCAUUUCUACAGACUAUCCCUUUAAACCUUAUUCAUACUGAUCAUAAGGGUUUACUUGUGAAGGUCCAUUUGAUUCAAAUAACCCAAAGUGUUGCUUUAAAUGAUUUAUUAGCUGAUAGAUUGUAAAAUAGGUCAUACACUGUUGACAAAAAUUAGAAUUUACUCAUUUUAUGUAGACACAUUCACACACUGCUGUCAUGUCACCAGGAACAAUGUAGGUUUCAGGGUCUUGCCUUAGAACAGCUGGAAUUGGACUGCUAAACUUUAAUUGAUGGAGUUAUAGUUUUAUUUAAAACCUAUGACAACUUAAUCAAAGAUUCUGUAUGAAAAAGUGGUUCCACGCUUUUACAUACAAAACCAACACAUCUGCUGAGUCACUUAAAUCUGACUGACCUUUCAGUACAAGACAGUUCUUACUGCUUGUGCUUGAAUUGGAAAGCUUGGCUCCAGUGUGCUGUAUAGACGAGAACAUCAUGUACACUUUAAUUAAAUCAGUGAGAUUUACUGCAUCAUAGAGUAAAAUAGCAGGCUUUUGUUUCUGUUAAGGUAGUUAAGAGGCAGAUCCAGUCCCUGAGCCCCAGCUGUAAAGUCUGUGUGAUUUGAAACAUUAAAACAGAAGCAGGUGAAAAUGCGGAUCUAUGAUUUACAGGUGACAACAAUGUCUCUGUCUCUUUCGCACAGUCUUACAUUUCUAAAAAACAAUACUCUCUCCAGAUGGAUGAAGGUUUAUUAAAUAAAAGCGAGAAAGGCUGAGGGUGUCGGAGAGAGGAAAAUGGAAUGUUUGCCAAAAGCACCUAGAAACUCCCCCUGACCGACUGGUCUACCUGAAUGAGUUCAUCAUGUGACCUGAGGUGACCUCCUUCUCUGUGUCUUUGAAUCCUCUCAGGCGCUGAAGAUUUAAAGUUUCAGGACAACCCUCAGGGUCAACUGACAGAGCUUAAAUCUGGUCAAACUUUGCUUCUGCACAGCUCAGUGGAAGGUUUCAAGGAGAGGCCACACUCAUAUGCAACACUAGAUUUUUCUGAUUUAGCUACCUUUAGAAUUAUUUUUAGUGCUUCUUUGGUAUUUGAAACCUCCCUGCAGCUUUCUUAACAGCUUGAACAGGAGUAUGCUUUCCAAAGAAGAGACAAAAAAAGACAGUUCAAGGGGGGAGGACAGAUCCAGAUGAUAAUAAUGGUGUCCUCAAGGUUAACAAAUUGAGCCAACUGGUUUUAAACUAUUUGAGCUUGAAGAUAAAAGCCUGACAGACAGCUAGACCAAAGAGCCAGGAUGUGCAGAAACACAGACAAGCGGUCAUGCACAUUAAAAAACAGGAAAGAACUUCAGUGAGCCAUCUAUCUGUGAUGGAUGGAGAACAAUGAAGCUCGCACUGAGGUAAGCCUUUUUGGACACGCAGCGCCCAGCGUCUCAGUGUAUAAAUAAGAGAAAACAAUUCUGAAUCCCACGUUAGAACUGACAGGCAACAGGUGAUUUAAAGACGCACAAAACAAAUGCAGUCAUAAAUCGUAUAAUAUGCAGGUGCACGGCCAAAUUCCCUCUCAGACGACUGCGACCCACCAAACUAUGAUUGUUUCAGUAUGCCGGUGUGUUUUUUUUCACUCAGUGCCAUUUUCAGAAACCACUGAAGUCUCCAGCCGUCUGCAUCAGCCUCAACCCGAGAGCAUACGUUUCUUAUUCUGGAUCAAUCACUGCAAGUUUAUCAGAUGGCUGAGUUAUUUUACCAUAAACCCCACGGGUAAUGAGCCAUACAACGAGACUGAAUCUGUCUCCUUUUAUAUCUCCAUCUCUAAGAUGUGUGGGUGUGUUUGUCGUAGUGUGUUUUCAGGCUUUGGUGUUUGCUUUAUGAAGUAAUGCUUCACUGGUUGCAUGAAACUGAGCUUUUGAUUUCUCACAGUCUUCAGUCAACAACACACACUUUAUGUCAAAAGCUCUUUAGAUUCUUUUUUAGUGUUUGCUUUGAGAAACACUCAGCUGAGUCCUUUUGUGGCAUUUUUUUUUCCACUGCUGAUAAAUUUAGACAUUACAACAGUGUAAUCAAAAUAAGUGAAAGCAUUAUUUUGCCUUUCAGCUUUCUACUUCUCUCUGCACUUCUUGCUUUGGUCCGUAGAUCUGACAGUGUGGGCGGACCUGUGGCUUUCCUGUGUUUUUCUGUUGAGUCGGUGCAAAUAUGCUCACACUCUUGUGGCAGUUAGGCUUCCAAAUGUAAGUUCAAAGCUACUGUCUGGAGGGGGGGACAAUAAAAACUGUAUAUUCUGGUUAAUAACACUCACUGUAUGUGAAAAGUACACCUGUAUCUCCUCUCAAAGUAAAAGUCAAAAUUCUUCCACCAGUGAAAUGCAGUGCAUAGAGAUGAUGCCUCUAGUUUCCAAUGCAAAUAAGUGCAUAUCUGUCAUAAUAUGUGCCUGAUAAAAUUGUAGGACAGUAUUAGACGAAGAGAAAGAAGAGGGAGACUCUUGCUGAUGUGUUUGUUGAUUGUUUUGGUAUGUGAUUUAAAAUGUCAACUGAUAGAGUAACAAACCGAACAGGAGACAUAUCACCACUCACUGUAACAAAAGUCAUGAUUUUUCAUCUGUGUUAUGGCUUUAAUUUUAAUAGAACAGAAAGAAACAUGUUAAAAGGUGUGCAUGGGGUAGAUGUAAUACUGACACAAGGUAUACCGACAGGAUGGGCAUUGGGGUAUAUUUCAUUCCAUUUCCAAAACCAAAGAAAGACUGAAGUAAAUGUCUGCUGUGGAUUAAGUCGUGUGGCAGACCACACAGCCAACUUAACAUCCAGAAAAUCAACAAAUAUGUCUACGUUUGUUCUUAUGUUAGUUAUGUCAACAUGGGUUUAAAUCUAUGAACUUUACCAACAGUUAUUUUAUCGUCAUUAGCGAUGUAGUAACAGAGCUUUCGUCUCUGGUAAACUAGCUGACGCUAAUGUUAGCCCAGGUUAGCACACUAGCUGAGUGACUGUAACACUCAGUGCCUCUCCAGAUUAUUUUAAAUAAUUAAAGGUAAAUUAAUUUGAUUUUACCCUGCGACACUCAAACAGUGUUGGUAUUGGAUGUUGUCAUCUGAAAUCGUGAUGACUGUGAGAUGAGGCUCCUCCCACUUGCAUUAAAAUAGGUACACGCUCACCUCCAAUCCAUAAUGAAGUCCCUUUUAAAGGCUUCUCGAAGAAAUCAGGUCUUUAUGUGCCCAGACUUUGUCGAGACCCUCUUGGGGUGGCAUUUUGACACUGGCAGCGGCCAUUGUAAAGCACUGCUCAGCUCCGAUUGUUUGUCCGAGUUAGCAACAGUAACUAAGGCGGGGCUUAGCAAUAGGCCAAUUGAGCUAUAACUAUAGCUUGACUGACCUGUGUGUGUAAAUGAUGAGCAUUUGUUGUGUUUUCUUUUUACCACCACUCUGCAAAUCAGCGAAAGAACACCUAUUUUUUCUUAUAACACAGUAAUACACCCUUCCAUUUUUAAAAUAUCUCACACUGUAUAAAAGUGUAUAUAAAAAUAUUGUUGUUUAUGCAGUAUCAUCUGUGAAAAAGAAAAAAAAAGUUAUCUCAUUAAACUAAAUGUAAAAAUGUCUGAAUGGUAGACUUUGUAUGACUAUCUAGGGAUCCUGCUUAAUCUCAAGGAUCUAAAAGAGUCCAAAUCUGAAUGAAAUUUCUUCUUGUUUUUGUAGUUCUGUUAUUGUUUGCGCAGAAGUCUGAAGCCACUCUGCUACGUUUCAGAGAAGUCAAUGAUGAGGGCACAAGAGAGCAGCUCCAAACAUGUAAACACCUCCCCCUCGUCCUCCCGGGAGAGCGACCUCGAGCGAGCACAGCCGUGGCCUCCUGGGCCCAAGAGGAAAUGAGAGGAGGAGGAGAUGGAGGAAGAGGGGGAGGAGAGGGAGGGAAGUGGCACACUCACAAAGGGAGACAGAGUGAGGUGAGAUAGGGAGAGGCACAGCACACCAUUUAAGAUCAAAGACUGAGGUUAUGCCCUGCUGCAGCCAAAAUAAGCACAUCAGUGGUGGGGCUUUCAGUAAAAGUUGUUGUCUUUAGAUUUCUAAUUUGGGACUCUGCUGUUUUAUUGUCCUCCAGCCCACAUCACAGAAUUUCGAGUUUAUUUGAUUCUUUUCACGUGAUUUUAAUCUGGGCCAGGCAGGCUCCGAAAACCUCCUGGGUUAGGUCAUUUGCUUUGGCAACAUGUCAGACUGAGCUGACGACGGAGAGAACCAUUAAGCAUGUCCUCUGAAAAAAUGAGGCAGAUCAGAGACUCUCAGGUGGAGAUUAGAGCCCAGCUCCACUCUGUCUCUCCACAUGAGGCACUAAGAGUGUCAUCCUUAUUUCUCAGGGCCGCUCCAGAUCUCUUAUCCAACUGAGCCAGGAGGCCCGUCUAAAAACAGCAGCAGACGUAUUGAUUGAAAAUCUCUUCAGUGAUAUCAGAGCACUCACUAUUUACAAUUACUGCUCUAUUUCUCUUCCUCUUCAACUCUCUGUCAACAAUAAGAUUCCCACACUAUAUCUUUUUAUUUUUAUUUUUCCUUUUAGAGUCUUUACCUCUUUGUUUUCCUCUUCCCCACUUAUUUUUCCUCUGGUCAUUUUUCCAUGUUUCUCUUGCUAUAACUUUUUUGCAUUGCUUUAUUUUUAUAAGUGGAGAGUAAAAUACUUAAGAAAGCUAUCUUAGUUUGCACAAGCAGUGGUGAGUUUCACUUUUUUUCAAUAGUGUUUCUUUUAAACACAUGGCAUUCUUUUUGAUUGAAUUGGAUCAUAACUUACAGCUCCUGUGAGGAGUUUUCAGCUGGUUGUAAAGUGGACCUAAAAAUAAUACUGAUCCCUUUCUAUAACCCACAAGAGCAAACAUUGCCAGUAACUUCAUCCUUAAUGUCUUUUACACUAACAUUUUGGUUGAACAUAAAAAGACAGUCAGAAGAAAAAAUAUGCAACCAUUUGUCAUCACUACCCAGAGUGCAUUGCACAAGAAAUAGGAAGACUUUUUAUUAUUAUUAUUAUUAUUAUUAUUAUUAUUAUUAUUAUUAUUAUUAUUAUUUUAUUUUAUUUUAUUUUAUUUUAUUUUAUUAUUAUUAUUUUUUUAAUCAAGGUGUAUAAAACUGUUUUCUUUGUAUGGAUUAUAUAAUGGGAACGUUUAAGUUUAUACAGUUGGGUCCACAUGUCUUCAUAUCUGAGGUUCCUUUUCAGUGAUAAUUUGCUUUGCACUGUUGUCAGUAUUUAUAAAAUCAUCACUUUAAAGCUCCUGUGAGGAACUUUCAGUUUGUGUCACAGCCCACCCCAGAGGACAAAGCAGCCCUGUUUUGUCUUUGACAUGUUUGAGAGGUGUCCUCUGAAAUUAAAUUAAAUAAAAUCUCAUCUUGUUGACUUAAGAAAGUUAGAGUAUUAUUUAAUUUAAAUAUUUUAUGCAGAAAUUGUAAAAAACAGGGCUGUUUAUUCAGCUCAUCAAAUGGACACCUACCCUCUUACAUCUUUUUCAGACUUUAAAAAUUUAAAGAUAAAAUUUGCCGUUUUUUCAACUUGCUUUUGUAUAUUACAAAAAAAAGCAUUGAUGUUAAUUUCAGUCUAUUUCAUACAUGUCAAAAAAACUCCUCACAGGAGCUUUAAGCGCAAAAGAAAACUAAACCAGGCAAUCACAGCUUCACUUGUGGCUGCAAGCUUGAAGUGCUGAGAGCAAAGUACUACUUGAAAGAGUGGUGCUUGUUUCUUUUUAAAAACCCAGAUCUUGUCUCUCUGUGAAAUCAUUUUGUUUACACCAUUGUUGUUUACUUUCUCGGUGUGAGGAGUCGAUUUUCUGCUGCCUGUUGCACACAUUGUUUUUAUGAUAUCACAGAGAUGCUGCAGGGAACCCCAGCUCCAAGGGUGAACUAGGAUUAUUUUUUUUAAAUAAACCUUCACCCUGCAGCUGUAUUGCUGUGUCUCUCUCUUUCUCUCUCUCUUACUCUCCUCUCUCUCUCCAUCCAGUCACUCAGUUGUGGAGACUGAGUGGUUCCACAUGGGGAAGCCUCAAGCUUCACACAUCAAACUAGCUGUGGGGAUGAAAUAUGCUGUCUGUACAUAUCAUCACAUCAUUAGGCCCAAAGGGAUCCCUGCGAUGGAUGAGACACUGUCUACCUGAGGGCAGAUGAAUUUAUGAAGCACUUAAUCAUGAUGAAGCAUUAGUGGAACACUUUGUCUCUUUCCAUGUGUGUUUAUCUGUGGGAAUAACGAGGAUGUCUCCCUCCUUUUGGCUCAUCUUCUGUCAGCCUCUUCAUCUUUAUAUCUGUCUCUCUGUGUGUCAUCAAUUUGCAUAUUCUGACCCUUGACCCUUCCCUAUUUUUGACGCUGCUGGUAAUCAGGGCAAGAUAAGUGACGCUGUUCGAGCCUCUCCGUCCAGCCUUGCGUAGGAGGCAGCAAAUUGUCCAUUAAGUGUUGGUGCUGAGGCCGAGAGAAGAUUUGAUAUAGUGGGGAAACAAAAGUAAUAUGUAGCAGGAAAUUCAAUUGUCUCUCUCAAGCAAGUUUGAGCUUUAGUUUGGCUUCCCUAGCAAAUCAAUUUCACAUGAAGCAGUUCAGAUGAGGUUUAACUCAAAGUCUGUCUUGCAGCCAUUUCUUUGAGCGCAGACUUGAUUCCAAUGUUUAUCUGUGUGUUGAUGUGAAAAAGCUGCUAUGACUCAGACCUACAUCCUCAAACACUGCUCUGAGUCUGUGCGCCACAAUAAAAGGAAGCUACCUUCUUUCUCACAAACCCAGUACGCUACUACAGCAAGUACAGGAAACAGCCCACUUAGCCGCAGCGUGAGGGUCCUUGACCCAAACACAGCUGCUGCUAUUCAUGUAGUGAAAGUGAGAUUUGUUCAGGAAGGUGCCCUCUGCUUAUUUGGCAUCAAGAGACUCCAAGUGAGAACAGAAGUCCCUGGCAGGAAGCCUCCGAUUCAACCUUGAGUUCAGAGGUGGUGUUGUUGAUAGUCAGCUGAGGGAAGCCUGGGGGAAAGUGAAGUCACUCUCUGCCAGGUCAUUGCCAGUCAGGCCUGAUUUGGCUGGGGGAGAUCGGGUUACGACAGCGAGAACCUCAGAGGCUGGAGGCUCUGCGUCUCAGCAGACCAUAGGGCAUCCUCUGUUCUCUGAGGGACCAUGGUUGUUAUCGAACCCAAUGCACAGCACUCGCCUCUAACAAUGCUAACUAAAUCCCCAGUGCAGGUCAGGUUUACACUGAACUCAGACAUUUUAAGUGGGCAAAUGAAGUCAUGACCCCAAGGUCCAAGUUUGGAUCACUGACUUAAAAAGAGAGUAUAAUGAAGACGUGAAAAUCAUUUUUUAACAUUUUUUAACAUCACAUCACAUUUGGUUUAUAAAAGAAAAAGUUCUUUCAAAAUGUUUGAAAAUAGACCAGGAUAUAGCUAGAAAAAUAAAAAUCUACAGGUGUGUCUGUCAUUGUAAACAUAAAUGAUCUACUAUAUGAAUCAUUGCUUCAUAUAGAUUAUUCCUCAUUACCUGCCAACACUUUGUGUUAGUCAGAAAGUUUAUAACCUUUUUGUAAGCAAAGUGAAACAAUCCUGAGGAGCCAUAUGUGUUUUUGUGUAAAUUUGUGGUGACCAAAAACAGAGAUAAAAGAGGAUGUAGGACCUUUAAGGGCCUUUAUGAAUAACUAUACUGUUUUAUAUCUGCUGUAUGUGCAGAUAUGAAGGAGUUUGCUCAUAAGUUCACUGUGUCACAUUGAAGUGUAAUCACAUGUCAGUACUGUGUUUAUUGCUUGUUUUUGCUGCCCUUAAGUACUCCCUCAUUAGCCUGUUAAAAUAGAAAAAAGAGGGUUUUUUCUUUUUUUUUUUUGCUCAAUGUGACCUCAAAGACUGUAUUCAGUUAGAUUAAGGCCAUGUGCAGAUCAACACUGCUUAAAAACCCGCAGAUUAAUCCCAGUAAGUCCAAUAAAUUUGUUACUGACAAGUGAGUUAAAGCUUGCUCAACCUUCUCUGUUCUUGAUCCCGGUCUGCGAGGCAAAGGUAAAACUAAUUGUCAUGUCAGUAUCUUCCUACGUUUGGAUCCAGACUCAUCCUAGUGAAAAAUAUUGCACAGUGUUUUCUGUCCUCUAAACACUGACAGCUGUGUAUACAGUAUGUUAUCCACAUUGGAUAUCAUAGCUAAGAUUGUAUUUUCACAGCUCUACCUGUUGCAACCUGCCCACACCCACUCAGCCUCGCAUGUUUUUUUUAAAGCUGUGCUAUUUUUGGUGUGACAGCCCGCUGGGCCUUCUGCUAUGGCUGGUCCUAGACAACCUGUCACACAUGAGCAAACUGUUAGCCACCUGUGUGUACUCAGUUUAAUAACUAAAGUGGUGUAGUUUAUGAGAGUUGACCUGUAGCGUAUUGUUUAUGCAUGCACACAGGCAAGCUGGAGUCUCUGACACCCAUUCUAGCAGGUGGAAGCAAAUUAUUCCUGAUCCUAGUUGAUACAGACAAAUUAUUCUUGCAAGCUCAGCUGACACAAAGCACACCUGGUGGACAUGGAGGUUUAGUUUCAAGCACGAGCCAAGAAACACUAAUAUGCCUUCACCAAAAAGACAGCUGAAUUGUCCCUUGGACUGCUCAGCAUGUAAAACAUCAUAUUUUUGUGUCACUCUCACACCUGCCUGAAAUAGAUCUCCAAACCGCCCAGCCCUGAAUAUAAGUCCAGACAGGUCUGGGCUGCGGUUUAGGGAUUGCAACGGUACUACGGCUAAUAAAGGAUGUCACUCUGUUUGGCCUAGACUAGCAGGGCUUGUGUUUUCUUUUUCUUUUUUUUUUCAGCAGGGGAAUAUUGGGAGUUCAGUUUUCCGCUGUUUUUGUUUAUUCAUGAGAGGGUAUCCUCCCAGUUACAGCUUUCCAUUAUUAACCUGGGCAACUGAAAAAAGAAACAACAAGAUCAGUUUCCACAGAGACUUCAUUUAUGUACAGUACAUAUCGAGUAAAAAACAUGCUGUUUGGCAUCAUUAUUGCGUAACAUAACAAAGCUUUCUGUUUUACAAUAGCAUAAAGUCGGAAGAAAAAAAAAAACUCUUCUGGCAUGUUCUUUUAAGACGCCACAACUUGCUUUAUGAGCCUCAACUUACAGCGGAGGUCUUGUGUUAUACCCCUGCCUUUCUAUAUUAUGCAAGCCGAAGAAAUGUAGGAGCCAAAUUCCACUCUGAACAAAAUGUUCCCCGUCGUGUCUGACUGCCUUCCCUUAUUCUGCAUAUUUGUGGUUAUCUAGUCACUUCAUGGAAGGUGGGACAGACCCAAAAAUGGAGAGCUGUCCCAGUGGAGAGCUCAGCUUAAGAGGAAAAACAGACAGAUAUGCACUGGCAGAUCUACGAUACCUAAUCUUGGUCGUCUACCUCAAAAAGAAAUGUUUAUUUAUGAGUCUAAAUGAGUAAAACAACAUUUCUGAAGUGAUAAAACUGUGUGUGAUAAAAAAAAGUGCUGCUAAAAACAGUCUGAGGUGUUGGAAAUAACAUGUUGACGUGUUAUUCACAGUCAUUACCUGUGUAUGUUGUCAUGCAUUAUACCUGUUUCAUCACUUUUUUUUCUCAUUUCACCAUUUCCCAGAAGCUGGUGCAACUGAAUAGUGACACGAGUGCCCCAUUAAACAACUAUAAAUAGCAGCUUGGAGUUGCUUUGUGGUGUAACAGUUUGCCACAUCCUGUUUCUGAGAUUCUCACAUAGCCGACAGAGUACACAGAUAAAAAAACACAGGGGCCAGUGUUGUACCUUACUCCUCUCUUUGAGCCAAUGGAAAAUAUUAGUUGAUCAAAAUGAGAGAACAACAACUCUGCAGUUAUUAUGUGGGCAGAGGAGACGUUGUUAGUUUGUUACUGUGACUGAGAAGAAGAAAGGAAGCCAGUGUUUUCCUCUGAGAAAAAUAAAGGGUACAUUUGUGGUUCUUUGCCGCAAAGCAGUUGGGUUUUCCCUUUCCUUCAUCAGAAUAACCUGGAGCUUUUUUCUCACCUCAGCUGACUGAGAAGAGCUGCAGUGUUCAAUUCUGAUCGUUUAAUUGUUGCAUGUGCUUGCACUUCCUUUUUCUCUCAGCAAUGGCAAAGCUAAAAAUAACCUCAGCGUGUAAAUACCUGUUUAGCCCGGGGUGGAAUAGAGUUGAAAACAGCCAAGUGUGUUGGCACAGGCUGGAUUUUUCCAAAGGGAGUUCCUCCUGUUUAGGGAGGUGAGCCCUAUCCAAUGAAUGUGUGUAAAUAGGUGGCUGUUUAUGGAAAGCAGGGCAUGCUGUUAUAGGUGUGUGGCCUACCUCUUUAGAAAUGCGUAAUCUUUGACCCAUCAUAAGUAGUUCAUUUAUUUCCAUUUCUAUUUUGUGCCCAUCCUUGGUAACCAUGUCACACUCUUUUAUAAUGUUGAUCUUCAGUAUAUUUUCCCUGGAUUAUUUCUGCAGGUAUCAGUACCACUGUUGUAAAAGACAAUAAUAAAAUUACCUUAAAUGUCUUAGUAUUUUUUUCAGCACCAUGGGUACCACAUGUGGUUUAGCUCAUCCAAAACAGCAAACGACAUGAAAAUGAUUUGCAUUUCAAAGAGCUUCAUCUUGUUUUUGUCUGGAUCAGUGCAGAUGUCUCACCAAACAGUAUCUAGUGAUAACAACCUGCAGGCCUCAGAGUGGGUGGACUUCCUGCCUCGGCUCCUUGCUGCUGAUGAUGGUUUCACUCGUCUUCCUCUCUCUCUCUCUUUCGCUCUUUCUCUCUGUCUGCAUCAGCCCUCUUUAUCACAGCAGGCUCUAUGACUGAGAAGCUUCUUGUUUGUAACGAGCCACAGGGCUCAGGGUCCACGCCAUCUUCUCCGUCACUUCCCUCUGUUUUGCCAAAGAACACAAAGCAGAUAAAGGCCGGGGAGUGAUCUGUGUCUGCCCGACUGUGGGAAAGGCGCGGGCACAGGAACUAGUGCAGGAAAGACAAGACGGUGACCAAAAAACAGAGAUGUGUGUACUGGGCCGAUAUGAGCCUGGUCAUGACAAUGAUAUGUUUGGAUUGCAGCUGCUGAAAAAUGGGUACUUUUCAACUUGACCACGUGCAUAAGGAGCAUUCAUGUUCACGUGGUUGUCCUGUGAAAUUCAUUCUAAGCAUUGAGAGUUACAUAUUCGUAUCUUAGGUUUUGUGUGUAUUCUGUGUAGACAUCAUUUGUAUGUCAAAGAAAAAAAAAAAUGUGCAAAAAUGAAAAAAAAGGCCAAAAACUAGAGAACUGACCUAUCGCUAAGCCCCGUCCCUCUUAGUUACUGUUGCUAACUUGGACAAACAAUCAGAGCUGAGCAGUGCUUCACAAUGGCUGUCUCCGGUGUCAAAAUGCUACUCCAAAGGGGUCAAGACAAAUUCUGGGCAAGACCUGAUUUCUUCCAAAGGGACUUCAAUUGCCAAUUUUAGCAAACGUUAGUGCUAAUAUAUGUUAGCACUAAUGCUAGGUAGUGUUAGCUAUUGUGCCAGAGGUGAAAGCUCUGUUACUACAUCACUGAUGACGAUUAAAUAACUGUGAGUAAAGUUAGUAGAUUUGAGAGCUUGCAUAUUUCUGCAAGAAAAGGCCAAACUGCUGUUGCAAUAGUGUGACCCCAAUGAGAGAAUGUGUGCUGGUCUGCCCCAUUUAAAACAUUUGGUGCAUUAUAAAACAACAACAAGAAAAAAAAAAAAAACUCUAUCGGGCAAAAAUGGGACACAUUCCACUUUUGAUAAAUGUCUUCUAGGUCCCCAGAUAUUUACAGAGCAUUGUUAAAAGAGUGAUGUUAAAAGAAGAGUUGAUGCAACCCAACAGUAAACAAGAUUGGAUGAAUCGUGGCUUUAGUCCUUGGUCAGAGGCCCAGGUUCAAUUCUGACCCUUGGCCCUCUGGCUGCAUGUUAUCACUCACUCUGUCUCUCUAGUUUUCUGCUCGGUCCACAUCCCUACCCUCUGAACAAAAGGAUACAAAAUAAAUCUUAAAAUUAUCACAACAACAUGUUCGUUUUCUCCUUACAGUAGUGUUUUCGUGACUGAAACUGAUAUUCAACGGGACAUGGCAAUAAUGCUGUACAACCUCUCUUUCUUUCUGCAGUUAAUGAGAUCAUCAGGAACGACCUCUCCAGCAUCUCCGUGCACACACAUGCAUAGACAUCCAGAGGUCUUCUGCAGCAGCAAAACACAAACAACUACAUCAGAGGGCCAACAAACAGAGAUCCAGAUGAUGAGGAAUCACGUUUUGACCAAGAUCUCCCUUCUGACCACCUCUGCCAUCAGAUCCUCCCCCUCAUAGACUCGCUGCAGAAACACACCGACAAUCACUGGCAAGCUGAGUUUGAAUUAACAGAACAGAUGAAUGUCAUAUUUCCACAAAGGGAAGUGAUAUCAGGGGCAAAGUAUACAGCGACACUUGCCUUAAUUCACAGCAGAUGAUCUUUUAGUGGACCAAACAGCUCCAUGAGACUGAAUUACUUCUAUUAUCUACUAAUGACAAUCUUCAUUUCAAGUGUGAUCUGUGUGUUAAUGCAUGGACAAGCUAACUGGACAGAAAGUGACGUGUUUCAUCACUUUGGUUCAUUUGUUUGUGCAGUCAGUCCGCAACAGCCGAACCGGUGCCUUACAGCAGUGAUAUUGACAGCAAAACAACGACAGCAGUCACACAAAUGCAGAAGGUUCUUUGUAACCCAGAGUGGAAGUUUUUCUACGACAGUUUUGUAUGAUUUUAAUGAUUUGUUUACAGGGAAACAGGAUUAAAGGCUGGAAAAUAAGUAGGGAUUAUGUGAAUAGAUUAGAAUUGUAUUUUUUCUUGCUUCCUCAUUAUUAUCUCAUUGUUCAUUUAUACUGAAUGUUAUUGUAUGAUAUUCUUUUGUAUAAACAUGUAUUUGAAAAUGUUAUUAUGUACGCCUUAUGCUCAUAUCAUGCAGUUUGCUAUUUAGCUCAUUGUUACUUUCAUUUGUCUUCCCCCGAUUCGAUUUCUAUUACUCUGCAUAAUUCUUUUCACCUUUGUGCCUAUUUUUUAUUACCCUGCCCCGGUCUUCCACCUGAACCAUUAUGACAUUAUGAUGCAAAGACAAUCAGAGACAAAUAAAGAACAUAUCCUAUGAUGACAGUUCCUAUUUGCAGGGGCUAAAAAUGCAGGUAUAAGAGUUUUCUCCUUCCCCGGCUGUCUGUUAGUUAAACAAUGGUAUGCUUACCUGCUGAAUAUAAAUGAGAAUACUCAUGGAGAAGAUGUAUUUGUCUGUUACUUACUUGCACUGCAGGUCUGCAUGUAAAUAGGCACAGGGAUAAUCUGAGGACGCCACAGGCUCAGUUUUACUCGUCAUUCUGCUGAGGAGUUGGCAGGACUGUUACUUACUGCUGGCAAUAAUUGAUCUGAGUAAACCAAAGGAUUUUAUCUUUGGUGAAAUUAUUGCCCAAGUUUCCUUUUUUUUCUGUCCAAGACUUCAGCGCAGAGCGGCUUCAGAAAUCAUAAUGCACUUUACAGAGCAGCUUUUCUUGCCUCCAAACCAAAUAUCGUAGACUGAUCUCCACUGUCAUAGACUCGCCCACAUCCACUCCUUUUCCACACCAUAGCAGUCUUUUCCAUGUUAUCUGUCUUUUGGAGCAUGCAUAUCGUACUAAUGUUUGGGAUCAUUUAGCUGACAGUAGCUCACAAUAUAGCUUCCUGAUACAUUUUCGGGCAAAUAGUGUAAUAGCAUGACUAAACUGUUUGAAUAAAGUUUCUAUUUUGUGCCUUACUCUCUUUCUUGGCCACAAAAUCACUGCAACACACUCUAUAAUGCUUUCUGCAUAGGCACAAGGUGAAACAUAUUGCUCUUUAAUAUGAAAUAUUUAUGAAAAAUGAAAUGUGUUUUAAGUGCAUUCAAUGUGUUCUCAACAAUGGAUAAAUAAAUG